CUGUGAUCAACGUCCAAACUCCAUUGGAAGCUGUACCGCUUUUUCUUACCGGCCCCGGGAGUGAAGACAUGUCUCGAGAAAUGGAAUCUAUUUAUACAUCCACAAUUGGAAGUUAUAAGGUGAGCCCCUUCCCCUGUACACUACUAUGUCUGUAUAGAUAUUGUCAUUUAAACGUCUUGUCUAUGAUUAUCCAUACCCCCCAGUACUGAUGUGCUUAUAGUAAAAUAUAGGGCAUGAUGAAUAACUGAGUUUAGUUUCCUUGUAGACAAAGAUCUACACAAUUAUAAAUGAUUUGGACUUUAUAUCAAAGUACUGCCACAAAGCUUUAUUUGAUCAAAACAUUGUUUUUCUUUUGCAGAAAAUUUUAGGACAGUUUAACCCAGCACUGGAAAAUUUGGUAUUUCUUGGUAACAAUUAUUUGCGGGCACUAAAUGGUAAGUCCCCCCUUUUUUAUCUCCUGUGCUUCAGUCUACAUUUCCUGUGAAAUUUAUGUUUGGCCUGGUAUCCCAGACAUCUGUCAGUGACUCGAGAUGUCUGGCAAGUGAAAUGGUUAUAAAUCACGUUUUUACCAUAGAAAUGGAAGAAAUUACAAAAAUGAUUUCUUAAACCAGAUAGCAUAGUACCACUAACUGCAUGAAAUAUACCACAUCAUGACUUUCCAAUACUUUCUGGUUAACAGUCCCCAUUUUGCUCAGUGGAGCCAUCUGUUUGGAAUUAAGUUUUAUAUAAGUGAUGGAUGUUGAGCUGAACCAUUCUACCUCAAAAUGGUUUCUGAUGGCUCCUUGGCAAGGGUGCAGGAAAUGACCUUGUGUGAUGUAUGGCCUAUGUAGAUAACACAUAUAUGGAUACAUUUUGGCAUGUAAAAGUAAUACAAAUUAAGGUGUUCAUGCAAAAGAACAACUAGAUUUAUCAAAAGCCACAAUUGGGGUAAGCUGUGUCAUUAUAUUGUCUACAGAGCUGAUGUGUUACAGAGGGAGAGACUUUACAAAUUAAAGGAUUUAUAUAUCAAAUAGUGAGUUGCUAGUGUGUUGACUGGUUUACAAAAACAGACAAAAAAAAAAAAAGCUGUUGAGGUAUAAAUCUGCAGCUUGACUGAGUUUAGUAAAGGGAAAAAAAACUCCAUUUAAAGUUGGAGAUUUAUUAAAGUUGUUUUGGUCUAAAAUGUGCAAUUUCUUAAAUAUGUAAGUCUCAACAUUAUCUGGCAAAUCCAGGUUUGCAGAAUAUGGGUGUUGAUGUUUAUGUUAAUGAAUGAAAGCUCCACACUCCUCGGCCUGGCAAUGCUCCGAUCUUACUGCAGUGUAAGGGUGUUAUUGGGUUUAUUCAUGUACCAGCCCAUGGGAGCUAUGAAACCAGGACAGGUGAGGGAGGGCAUGUGGAGUCAUUCCUAAAUAGACAGGUACACAUGAAAAAGGAGAUGUGCUGCACAUGCUUGGAGCACUUUGUAAGCACUCUGGGAAUGGGCUUAAUGCCCUGAGUUUAAUGGUAUACCAUGAGAUGCAGCUCACCAUGGAACUAACCUGGACAGCAGUACAGUGAUGAUUAUUGUUGUGAGGCGGUGUGAUCCACUCAUGCACUUCUUCAUGCAGAUAUUCUGAGCCAUUAGAACAGAGCAGGUGUAGGCAACCUUCAGCACUCCAGAUAUUGUGACUACAUUUCGAAUAAUGCUCUUACAAAUAUAAUGCAGGCAAAGCAUCAGGGUAGAUGCAGUCCACAAGAUCUGGGGCGCUGAAGGUUCCCUACAGCUAAAAUAGAGGGACAGAAGGUCUUUCCAUCCCUAAAAAUGUAUUUCAAUCCAUAAGAGGAAAUCUGAGAGAGACUGAUAUAGCUGUGCAGGAUGUUGCAUGCAACCCCUAGGUCUAGCAUGAUAAUUGGGAUUUUGUAUGGGCAGUGAAUGACACAAGCAGGGUUAUAUUCUAGAGUGAGAAUUUUAAAGUGAAUCUCAAAUUUAAGGUCAGAAUUGAUGGCCUGGAAAAUUUUUCGAAGUCUGUUAUGGUUUCAGGUCAGCAACUGUCUGCUUAACCCCUUAAGGACACGUGACAUGUGUGACAUGUCACGAUUCCCUUUUAUUCCAGAAGUUUGGUCCUUAAUGGGGUUAAAUUUAAAAUUCUCUUUCUAUUCACUUUCCAUUCUCACUUUCGUAAAUAGACCCAGAGGUGUGUGAUAUUGGAAUGUUAAGUACAUUGAAUGAAUCCUGGUUUCUCUCCUCUAUCUCUAGCACUGACUGACGUUGCGGAAACUUACUAUAAUGCUAUUAAGAAGAUUGGGGAGCAGGCUCUCCAGAAUGCCACCUGCCAAGGCCUUGGUGAGUGUGUAUUAGGAAGCUAUGUCAAACAAGUGGAUACUGCGGAAAUCAUGGGAAGCACAUUUUGAACUGGUGUAGUCAGGUUUUUUUUUGUUUGUUUUUUUAAUUCUUUAUUUUCAUUGACAGAGGUUACAUGCGAAAGUGAACACCUUGCAGAUCACUACAUGUAUGGCAUAUAACAGAAUGUUUAACAUAUACCACUUGUCAACAUUUAUUUUUGUUUUUAACAAAGAAAAUAACAGCAAUUCUUAUAAUCUGGUCAAUAUAAACAUAAAAUUAAAACAUCGUAGGUGUGAUUCCCACUGGCUGAUAUGCCCCCAUCAAACUUCAUUUGAUUUGUGUCAUACGCUAACUGCCAUAGAGAAUUUGGGAUUCCUCAUCUCUUUUUCUACCUUUGGGGACACUUUUGCUCCAUAUAUUUCCAUUUACGGGUUCUUUUUUUUUUUUUUAAUUCUUUAUUUUUACUCAGCACACAUAACAAGUUAACAUCGACUUUUGGGCUUAUGCAUAAGCCAACUUAACAAUAUUUGGAAACAUAAUGCAGAUUGACAAAUACAAUAUAUGCCCUUUCCUUAAAAAAAAAAACCAUCGGCACUUGCCGUCUACUGAGGAUUUUAUAUUUUUAUAUUCUAUUACAAACUUUAUAUUCACAUAAACAUAUCCUAUGCCCAUUCCCUUUUUGGGCUGACAAAGAAGUUGAUUAAGUUACAAUUCCUUUGGUAUUAUUGAAAAAACUCUAAAAUUGCUGUAUCAUUGACAACUGCCGGUUAUGUAGAUAUCUUAAAUUCUGUAAUCUCCGUAACCGUAUCAGGUAUUUAAUUACUGCUGGGCUUAUGUAUAAGCCAAAAAACUUCUGUUCCAGAUAAGUGCAAUAAAAUAUUGUUCAACUUUAUCAUUGCGAGACCAAUUCUUAUUGUAAGUUUGGCACUUGCCAACUAUGAAGAGGAUAUAUGUGUAACAAAAAAUAGGUAGAUAAACAUUUCAAUUAACUAUUAGAUGUGCUAAUCGUUAUCGUAUCUUUGCUACAUUAUUCCUCCUACCGUAUGACCUAGCCUGGAAAAAAUAAAAAUAUAAUAACGGAGAAAAAGGAAAGGAAAGAGAAGAUGUAACAAAGAUAUAUAGUAAGAAGAGUUCAGUGAAUUAGAGGGAAAUUUAGAAAAGGGGAGGGGAGGGGGGAACAGGGGAAGCAAAGGGGGUGGCAAAACAGCUACCCUGCCGGCACAGGAGUCCCCGCUAGCGAAGAUGUUUUACCUUAUGAUUUGUACUUGGGCGGGGGAGGGCCCUCAUUCUCCUCUCAAGCCAACUACACUAUUGUCCCAUGGUUCCCAGGUUUUAUGAAAUGUCGUAAUGUUUCCUCUCACCCUCGCCAUUAGGUCAUCCAUUACUCUACAUUCUUUGAUUCUAGAUAUAACCCCUGUGAAUUCUGGGCCCUCUAGUGUAAGCCAUGCUGACGCUAUUGCUCGGCGCGCACACAAAGUGAUUUUGUGUACUAAUUUCUGCUCCCGUUUGGUCCAUCCAUCAAUUGAUCUAUUCAACAAAUAUAUCCACGGGUCCAUUUUCAGAGGUCUAUCAAACGUCUGUCUCAACAGGUCCUCCACCGACUUAGCCUCAAGCACUCCCACCACAUGUGUAUGUAAGUCCCUCGCGCUCCACAUCCUCUCCAGCAUUCAUCUGUCUCCCGUUUGUGCAUUCUAUGAAGUUUGACUGGGGUAGUCAUUUACGGGUUCUAAUGAGUGAUGUCUAUGUUUCUGUGAGCCCUCGGCCUCCCUGGGGGGUGCUUCCACUCUACCUACAGUUUGUCACACCUAUUUUGUGUACCAGUACCCAAAUGGUUCCUCCCCCUGAAGCCUCAGGGGGGUUCACGCUAUUCAACUUGAAAAAGAACAGAAAGAAAGAUCGAAAAUAAAAACAGAAGAGAAAAUAAUAGUGGUGGUGGUCUAGGGAGCUGGCAGGGUUUUAUAGCUCUGUGUACUGUAUAGUGGGAAAGGGGUCACCGGGUCUCCUUAACACAGGGGGCUAUCCUCCCAUAAUGCUCAUAUUUUCUGAAAUGUUUUUUGGUUUCCCCUGACUCUUGCUGUAAGUAGUCAUGUUUUUCAUUGUGUGCACUGUAUUAAAAGAGCACUCCAGUGGUUAUGGUGCUAGGAAAGCAGAGGUGGCUGUAGACUUUGCAAGUCCUUAUGUUGAAACUUCAACAUGAGACUCCACUGACACCCAUAAUGGCAAAGAAAUGCAAGUGAUAAUACAAUUAACCGUCCAGGGUCCCUGGUGUCUAUUUGUGGGUAUUCCUUCCUGAUAUAACUCUGUGUUAGACAAUUUCCAGCCACCAGGUGCUGACUUAUCACUCAACACCCGCUAUCUUGACUGUCAGUACACCCUGCAUGGCUGCCAUCCUAACACUUAUGGACCCUUACAAACAUAGUUGCUGAACCCCUACCAACUCACACAUACUCACACACGCUUCCAGACAUUUAGUUACACACUCACACACACGAAUAUACAUUCCAGACAGACAUACACUCAAAUAGUGAUUCUCUAAGCCAGACACACUGACAAACAUACACACAUGCUUCAUGCACUGCCAGACACACAAACACUAACAGACUUACACAGAAUGCACACAUUAACAGAUACACACAGACAGACAAUACACAAACAACGACAGAGACACAUUUUGAAUUGUUUUAAAUCUUUUUUUAUUGUUUUCAUAUUAACACAAAAAAAGUUACCAUCUAUAUACAAAUACAAAGACAGAAAGUUAUCACAUAUAAAGGAUUAAGUGUCUGAAAAUACAAGACACAUAAAAGAGUUCAGACAAACAAAAAAUAUCAAGCGUAUCAUUAAAGGGACACUAUAGUCACCAGAACAACUACAACUUAAUGUGGUUGUUCUGGGGAGUAUAAUCAUUAUAUGCAGGCAUUCCCAUGCAAACACUGUCUUUUCAGUGAAAAAGCAGUGUUUACAUCCCCCCUAGAGACACCUCCAAGUGGCCACUCCUCAGAUGUCCACUGUUGGUGCUUCCUGAGGCAGUGCUGCACAGUAGGCAGCACUGCUGUUCAGCGUCCCCAAGCUCUGCAUGGGACAAUGAAUUUUACUCAUAGAGAUGCAUUGAUUCAAAAUGGCGUUUGGCCUGUCCCCAUUCUAUGUCCUUGGUGAUUUUAGCCAAUCCAAUGCUUUCCCUGUGGGAAAGCAUUGGAUUGGCUAAAAAUGGCAAUUCUGAUUGUCACCAAGGGGUUGGAUCGGCGGCAGGGCCUGCGCCGGUGGACCCGCGGGGUGCUGGAAAUAAGGUGAGUUUUAAUUCCUUUUAAGGUGGGUGAGUGGGGCAAGCCGCCUAAAUGGUGGGUUUAACACUAUAGGGUCAGGAAUACAUGUUUGGGUUCCUGACCAUAUAGCUUUCCUUUAAGUAAGAAAACAAAUAUGUGCAAAUAAAAUCUAAGAAUCCAGGUCAGGGAUCUCCUUAUCAGUCAGGUUAGAUGUGGAAUGCUAAUGCCAAGGGAGUAAAGGAAAAAAGGGUGUUCGAUUGUGAGAAGAAAAAAACAAAAACAAAACAAAAACCUUACACUAGGUGUGGACAAUUUAAAGUCUUAAUCCAGUUAUCCCACAUUUUACGAAUUAACACAGAAAUCUGAUGCAAUACCAGAUUCCAUUUUGCACUGUCAUUUAAUAGAUUCUUUAAUCUGAGGCCAAUCUGAGGAGACUUUAAAGGUCAUCAGAGCAUGAAUCAAUAACCAUUUCUUGUCUUUUAAUAAUUGGGGUAGCCUUAGAUGUAACAAAUAUGUUUUCCUGGCACUAUAGUUUCACUUUACUGGUUUGAUGAGUGGCCCAGCUGCCCUGGAAGCCUCUGCUUACAGGCAAGGUCUCCCUCUCUCCCCUUAGCUCCAUCACACUCACCCAGGGAUGCCAUCAGAAAUUUUGGGGCCCCCGACAAAGCACAAGGUCUGGGGCCCCCCCUCCCGGGACCGCCCACGCCCUACCUAGUCUGCUGACAAUGAUGCAGGACUGAAUGUGGUGUGUAUAGUGGAAGUGAAUUAGAAUGUGUGUAAUGGAUGUAGUGUUUGUGUUUAUUAGAUCCUGUUUGUGUAGUGAAUGCAGAGUGUGUGUUUGUGUAGAGGAUGCAGUGUGUAUAGUGAAUGCAGAGUGUGUUUGAGUAGUGGAUGUAGUGUGUGUUUGUGUAGUGGAUGUAGUGUUUGUAUGUACUAGAUGAAAUGUGUUUAGUGGACGCAGUGUCUGUGUAUAGUGAAUGCAGAGUGUUUCAAUUUGUGGUGGAUAUAGUGUGUGUACUGUGAAUACAGGAUGUUUGUGUAGUGGAUGCUGUGUGUACAGUUAGUGCAGAGUGUAUGUUAGUGUAGUGAAUGCAGAGUGUGUGUCAGUAUAGUGAAUCCAGAGUGUGUGCGCAUAGUUUAGUGAAUGCAGAGUGUGUGUUAGUGUGUAGUGAAUGCAGUGUGUCAGUGUAAUGAAUGUAGUGUGUGUUAGUGCAGUUAAUGCAGAGUGUGUGUAAAUGUGUAGUGAAUGCAGAGUGUGUGUAAAUGUGUAGUGAAUGCAGAGAGUGUGUUAGUGUGUAGCGGAUGCAGAGUGUGUGUGUUAGUGUAGUGAAUGCAGAGUGUGUUAAUGUGUAGUGAAUGCAGAGAGUGUGUUAGUGUGCAGCGGAUGCAGAGAGUGUGUUAGUGUAGUGAAUGCAGAGAGUGUGUUAGUGUGUUAGUGUGUAGCGGAUGCAGAGUGUGUGUUAGUGUGUAGCGGAUGCAGAGUGUGUGUUAGUGUAGUGAAUGCAGAGUGUGUGUUAGUGUGUAGUGUAUGCGAUGUGUGUAUUGUAUUAGUGUAUGCAGAGUGUGUUGUAUUAGUGUAUGCAGAGUGUGUGUUGUAUUAGUGUAUGCAGAGUGUGUGUUGUAUUAGUGUAUGCAGUGUGUUGUGUUAGUGUAUGCAGUGUGUGUUGUGUUAGUGUAUGCAGUGUGUGUGUUGUGUUAGUGUAUGCAGAGUGUGUGUAGUUAGUGUAUAUUAAAUUAAUUAAAUGUUAUUCCCCCCUCCCUGUUUCUUACCUGUGUCCUGGGAGGGGGGAGAUUCCAUCCCUGGUGGCAUGGGAAGCCCCCGGCUCCCUGGUCUCGCAGAGGGGGCCCAGGCAGCACACAGCUUCUACUCUCCUCUCUUCUCAUAACUCUCGCGCGGAGCGUUGCCAUGGUAACCUGGUCUCGUGAGAGUUAUGAGAAGAGAGUAGAAGCUGUGUGCUGCCUGGGCCCCUUCUGCGGUAACAGGGAGCUGGGGGCUCGCGGCUGCACACAUAGAUAGCGAUAUUCGCUAUCUAUGUGUGCAGAGAGGGAAAGUGCGGCCCGGGACUGAUUGAUUGCUUCUGUGGACAGGUGUCUUUAAUACAGGUAACGAACUGAGUUUAGGAGCCCUCCCUUUAAGAGAGUGCUCCUAAUCUUGUGUCAUUACCUCUAUAAAAGACACCUGGGAGCCAGAGAUCUUGCUGAUUGAUAGGGGACCAAAUACUUAUUUCACUCAUUGACAUGUAAAUCAAUUUAUAACUUUUUUGACAUGUAUGGUUGUGGAUUUAUUUUUUGUUAUUCUGUCUCUCACUGUUAAAAUACACGUACAAUUAAAAUUAUAGACUGAUCAUUUCUUGAGCUCAUUUGCAUAUGCAUACCCAGAUACCCCUUGCAGUAGUGAGAGACUUAUGGCUUGACUGGUGUGUGUAUAUGUGUUUAGCAAUGUAUUAUAUAUAUAUAUAUGAUGAAAGUCCACAAGAUGGACUCAAACGUUGAUCUGUUUUAGAAGCUGGAAUAAAAGUUAUAUUUUAAUGGAAUUCCGAGAGUGCAACCAACUAUUUACAUAUAUAUAUAGUUGGUUGCACUCUCGGAAUUCCAUUAAAAUAUAACUUUUAUUCCAGCUUCUAAAACAGAUCAACGUUUCAGUCCAUCUUGUGGACUUUCAUCAGUUGAUCUGUUUUAGAAGCUGGAAUAAAAGUUAUAUUUUAAUUGAAUUCCGAGAGUGCAACCAACUAUUGUUCUAUUUGGAUAUUUAAGCCCUGGUACUGCACCCGGUGUGGCAAAUUUUGGAGCCUGAGUGCAAGGUACAGUCUACCUUUUAUAUAUUUAUAUAUAUAUAUAUAUAUAUAUAUAUAUAUAUAUAUAUAUAUAUGUCAGUGGAUAAAGUUGGCUGCACUCCGGUCUUUAAAAUGUAAAUAUUUAUUGAAUCAACAAAAAUAAAGUUUUGGUCCCUACUGGGACUUUCUUCAUUGUCAAAACAUACAAUCAUAUACAUAUAUGCUGUGAGUUUACAGGAUGGUCGGCUAGCAUACAGAGUUUUGGGGCUCACAGGUGGAAGUGGAGUAAGACAUCUAUUAGCGGAGUACAACAAAAGUGAGGCAGCAAAUUGUGCAGAACCUUUUCUAUCCCAGUAUUGUGAGGAUUUGUUGUACAUGGGCUGGAGGCCCACAAUCUCAAUGCUUUACAGGCCGGUUCUGGACACUGGCCGCUGCGAUAUUUUCUAAGAAAGUGCAGUUUCUGAGGUCAAAAAGACUGACAAGCCUAGUUUAGUAUGUGGAGGUGUUUGCAAGUGGAUGUGGUCUGACAUGAAACAUUGGUGUCAAUCGAAUCACUGGAAACAAAGUCCAACAAUUAGGGUUGCACAGGUUAGUUUGAAUGAUUCUUCAUGCUGUUCUGAUAAAAAGGAGGACGUUAGAGAGAUAUAAAAUCUCACACCUUGCAAAUCCAGCAGCGUCCAUCUGUCAAGCACAUAUAUUUCAAUCUCCGUGUGAAGUGGACCAGCAACAUAAAUAUGUGAGGUUCAUGUUCAAAAAAAGGCCUACUACUUACCCCAACCCCUCCCCUCAUGCAUGGAUUUUUACAUUGGAAUUCCACCAUUACUACAGUGCAAGAUUCUACACACCAGCAACACCUUCUAAACUGAACAGUGAGUUGCGUUGAACUGACAAAUGAGUUGCAUGAUUUAGGCCAAAGUAGCUGAUUUGCUGAUGUCUAUUUUGAACUUUGUCCUCUGUUCACUUGUAAACUCUGCACAGCCCAUGAUUUAGUUAAUAAACUAUACUUUAUGUGGCAGAUACUGGAGUUUGUAAAACACCAAGUUAAUUGUACCUGCAACAUUUAUGUGAAUUUUUACAUUUAAUGCAUUCUUUGAACAGCCGCAGUAUGUUUUAACAGGUUUUCUGUGUUUGUGGUUCAUUGGGAUCAUAGUUGUCAGUCAUAAUUUUUAAAAAAAAAAUGUUUUUUUUAAAGCUGCUUGCCUGAAACAAAGGAUAUAAAAUUAUUUAUGACGGUUUUUGUAAACUUUUUAAUGCAAUUCAUUAUUGUAUAGUGCCAGGAAAACAAACUCCCCCUACCCUCAGGGUCCCACUCCCGCUGGGCUGAAGGGGGAGGAAGGGGUUAAACACUCGCCUUUCUCCUCCUCCUUCGGUCGUCAUCGGCUGAAUGUGCAUGCGCGGCAAGAGCCGCACGCGCAUUCAGCCAGUCCAUAGGAAAGCAUUCUCAAUGCUUUCCUAUGGACGCUGGCGUCUUGUCACUGUGAAAAUCACAGUGAGAAGCGUGGAAGCGCCUCUAGCGGCUGUCAAUGAGACAGCUACUAGAGGCUGGAUUAACCCAUAUGUAAACAUAGCAGUUUCUCUGAAACUAUGUUUACAGCAGGCAGGGUUAAUCCUAAAUGGACCUGGCACCCAGACCACUUCAUUAAGCUGAAGUGGUCUGGGUGUCUAUAGUAGUCCUUUAACAUGUACAUUGGAAGCUGUAAUUUGUCUAACUAGGUCCCUUCUAAAUGUUAGAAUCUUAAAUCCUUUAAUUUAGAAUCCCUUAAAGUCCGCUGGAAAGUAAUGGUCUAUCGAUGGUGCUAGGAAAUAAUGCAGUUUUUUUAUGGUGCUUAUCUUACAAAUUUUUUUUUUUACUCCAAGCACCAUAACCUCCACAGACUACUAUAGUGCUUCCAGUUCUCAAAGUGCCCUAACAGUCUUCCAGAGUAUGUUGUCAAAACAUUAAGAGUGUUUGAUAACUCACUGACAACUGGGUCCCAUUGGGCACACCUUGCCAACUCCCCUUCUUCCAGAAACUUUUGCCACGAGCUAGGCCUAACUAUGUGGGCCACGCUCAUUGGCUGAGAGUAAUCCACUGACAAUCUCAGCCAAUGACCAUGGCCAUGCAUAGCCAGGUUUAGCUCAGUGGAGCUAACUGGAGUUUUCUUGCAUGACAACUGGAUGGACCCAAGUGAGUUGUCAAAGACUGUUUAAACUGUUUUGCUGGGAGGGAACCAGGGCACUCCUGGCGCCAUAACUACUGCACUGGACUUUAGUGAAUAUGGAGCAGGGAGUUUAUCCUAGUGAUUUUAUAUAUUGUUUUAUGCAAUAAUCUCCUCAGGUAAGUUCAAUAACUCUCCAUAUUUCUUAAUGCCUAACCGUAACAGUGAGGUCAAAUAUAUUGAUAAUUUGGGGAGGCUGAUAUGUUAGUUAGAAAUGGAUAAAGAAUAUGUGAUCAAAAUUGAGGAAAUAAAAAAAAAGCAAAUGUAAAAAAUCAUUGCUAGCAACUGAAAGUCAAAAUGAGUUUUUGUGGCCCUAAAAAUAAAAACAGAACCUCCCAGCCCUCAAAGGUUGGCAGAUAUAUAAUGUCAUGUAGUUAGUAUAUGUUAAUAUAAUGUACGUUAAGCAGCUCCAUUGCUUUCUCUGGGAGAAGUGGGACAUUUUUUUUAACAUUUCAAAGAUUUCUAAUAUCCUAUAAGUGUGCAGGAAGAUGACUAUCUGUCAAUGGUGUCUGUGAAGGUAGACUCAAGACUCGGAAGACGAUAGUAGAUUGCUCAGGUGAAGUAAGCGUGUAGGUAGAGCAGUCUUUUUUGUGCUAAAAAAGGACUUGGUGCACCUCAACUAUUGUCCAUUCCAGGUUUACAGAAGAUCUCAGUUACUUGACCCAUUGACUUGUAACAUUGUAGGGUUUAGUCUUAAAGAAAUUGUUGAUGACUUUCAAACAAAAGUAGUGCUACCAUUAUGCUAUCCUUGUUUGUGAUGUCUGGUGAACAGUCACAUCACAAGGAUCUGUACGUGGUGCUCAAGGAGAUCUUGCGAUCAUAUAUGCUCCAUCAAAGAGUAAACCUUUAGCUUGAUAAGGGAGUUGGUGGGAUAGAGGGGAUUAAGCAUUUGAGACCAUGAGGAAGCUCAUCAUCUAUAGCAUUGGCUGUUCCUCUAAUUUUCAUAUUUAUCCAUCUACCCUGCUACACUUUCAGAUCCAAAUCGGCUUAGGAGGUUUGUAAAUGUUAAUCUCUUCAAUCACCACUGCCAUGUCGGUGGCAAAUAACUGGCAAAUAUCUUUAGAAAGGUACUUGUCUGAAGUCUGCUUUCAUUCAAACAUGCAUUAACCAAGUCAGGUUAAUCAGCUUGACUACUUACACCUGGAGGGAGCCAAGGCACUUAGGGCACCAUCUCCACGUCACCAGUAUGUAGUAGUGAUGGAGCUUGGAGUGUUCCUUUAACUCACAAUUAUUAUUAUUAUUAUUACUUGAAACAUUAGAGCAGGGGUAGGCAACCUUUGGAACUCCAGGUGUUGUGGACCACAUCUCCCAUAAUGCUCUUACAGUCCACAUCAUCUGGAGACCAGAACAGCAAAGUUUUCCAACCAUACAGAAUAAUAAAAUGUAACUCUUAUUUGAUAAUAUUUUAACAUUUCUCAUAACUGUAUUGUAUUGUAUAUACUUUAGAUAUGCUUUCCUUUUUACAAUCGAUUAACUGAUAUCAAAUAAAAGUUAUGUUUUAUUACUCUGUAUGGUUGGACACCUAUAUUGAUCUGGUCUUUCUCUUACUCUGUUUCGAUUAGUUUUGGCUUACCCUUCCUUAUAUGCUUCCAACGUAAUAAGCCAUCCCUAACUAAGUUUUCUAAUACGUGUAUUAUUAUUAUUACUUAUUUCAAAACUACUACAUUUUUUUCUUUUUGCUUUAUUUUCUUGUUUUACUCUCCAAAUUCCCUCUAUUUUGAUGCUAAUAAACACCAUAUGCUGAGUCUUUUUAAAGAGAAGGAUGCCCUGUUUACAGAGGCAGAGCAAAGACUGAAAGUGUUAGAUGUCAAAGUCUGAAAUAGUCAAACAGCCAGGGAGAAACGGUAAAUGUAUGUGCAUUGUGAACUGCUGCAGAAACCACUGUGAAUGUGAUAUCUUGGGAGUCUUUGGACUUUGCUAGGAAGUUAUGAUUUAAAAUUUAUGUUAGGAGUUUUAUCUCGUAGCCCAGGAUCUGUAAUGGAAACCAGAAUAAAUAAAACACACUGAUGAAGUGUGCCUUCUUGAAGAGACUUAGUAUGAAAACAAACUGGUUGAACAAGUGGACUAGUUAAAAAAAACAAUCAGUUGUGGGGAGUUGAUCUGCAUGUUUGGAUAAUUUUUACGUUUGUCUUUUAAUUCACUACAAUUUAGGAUUUAAUAAAUAAACCCUCAUAUGUUGACUUUAGGCGUUCGCUGCAUUCCACAUUUAAAAAGACUUUAAAUCUAUAUCAAGAAUUUUCUCAACUAAAAUAGACAUAGCCUGAUGAUUAUGACUUUCUGUUUAAAUUUAUAGCUUUAAUAUUUUAAACUUUGUCAACUCCCAUAUAUUCCAUUAUUUAUUAUAAAAUAAUGUUGGGUUUUCUGUGAAGACCCAAAGAAUGAAGGUAUGCUAACGAUAGAGUGUACAAACAUUAAGGAAAACAGCUUAAAUUGUUUACAAGUAUUAUAUUUAUAUUUUAACCAUAUACAUUUAUUAUUUUUCCAAUUUCUGUUAUAUAAUAAAGUGGAAAUUCAUUUUUGGCAUAAUCUUCUUCUUACAUUUGACUAAGUCUAAAGUCAAAAAGAACCAAGUUAAACAAGGUGUAAAGUGAGAUGAUACACCCUCAUGAAAAGGUGGUCCCAAGAAUUAGAGCAGAUGAAUUUAUCAUUCUACCUUGCAAGGCCUAUUUGGGAGCUAGAAUUAUGAAUUAAUGUGUUAAUUCAUAUCUUUACAGGUUUAUAAAGGGGCUUUCAUUAUGUCAAUUUCUUUGCUGUACUUAGGAAUUCAAUAUAACGUGCAUGUCAAUACGUAUUCUUAAAAUAUUAAAAUUUUUAAUUAGAUCAUGCUAUUUUUACAUUUUUUAUUAUUAUUAAUAAAUAAAAUAUGGACAAAGUCAAAACAAAUGCAAUCCAUGUGUAAUCCACAUCAUCCGUGAUAUUGCCUAAUAUUAGUGGAGUGAAAUAAUGCCGUACAGAGUGUGUGUGAGGUGGGUAGAAAUAAAAUUUCCAAUGUUCUGUAUCAUCAGCACAAAAUUAUCCUAGUACAAUGAAUGUAGGCAGAGAGACUGGGCUGGAGGCCAAUUGAAUUCACAAGAUGUUGGGUAGUUCUACUAGAAACAUGAGUCAUAUGUGUAGCAACUAGAAUGUGGAAGAGACUAGUCAUGUUUUCAUUUUAAACUAAGUGCAGUGUCUUUGCCAGCUUUAUUUUAUUGCAGGUGGACUUUAAAUCGAAAUGUUAAUGCUUUGUAAUACAAAGAAGUGUGUAAAUAUGUAUUUGUAAACAAUUAUAAUUAUUUCCUUUAUGACAUUUUUAUAGCUGCUCCUGCGGUGCAAAACAAAACACUCUUUUUACCUCCCUCACCAGCUAUUCCUCUCUGUGUUGUGAUUUGCCACGUGUUGUAAAUAAUUGUCUUUAGGCAACAUAUCUGUGCUGUUUCCUUUUGUUCAUUGAACAUUAUGAUACAUAAGAAAGUAUUGUAAAGUACACAGGUGAUGAUAAAAAUGUGACUUUGCAUGGAAUAACAUUUCAGUCAUACACUGUAAAAGCUAUUUUUUUUCUCAUAUUGAAGUUGUUUCUUUUCUUUCUAUAAUUUUAUUUUUCUUACUUUCUCACCACCUUCUCAGUCUUUAUUGUUGGCAUCACAAUAAUUAUUACAAGCAUUUCUUCCUUGGGCAGAGGUGCAUGUAUCUGCCUAUCAUAACAUAAAACAAGUGGAAAAGAGAGCUCAAUGGUUAGGGUGGCACUCACUGGUGCUUAGGGAGCUUAGUUUAGUAAUGAUGUUGCUGUUUUUAUAGUGCCAUCUGCAGCUCCCAAGAUGCACAUGAUGCCAGGUUAUCAGUUUGGCUGUCAUUAACAUUCAUCAUGUGAUGUAAUCGAAAAACAUUCAAAGCCUCCUUUUUGCUUGUUGUUAACCUCACAAUAUCAGCAUAUUGAUCUCAAGAUUGUGUUGUUAAUGACAACAAUCGAAGUGGAGCCCAGUUUUAAGUUGAUAAUGAUUUCUAUCUUUGUUUUCAACACAAUCCCAACCAACAAAUGUCCAUUUUCUGUUCGUGACAUCACCAAACAUGCAAUACUGGCGAAAUUCAGAGGCCAAAACAAACAAAUAUUUAACUUGAGGCCUACAUUAGAAGUAAAUUAGAAAAACAUUUUAUUUGCUUAUAUUAGAUUUUAGCAAAGCAUUUGAUAGCAUACCACAUGAAGCGGUUGAUGUAGUGGAUUGAGAAAUAUACUUAAAUGUUUAUCGAAACUUGCUGGGCAUCUCAGGCAGAGACAUUCAAGCUCACUGAGAGGCAGGGUGUGGCUCUCAGCACCCCUGGUAAGAAGUCCAACCAUUCUAAAACCAUUUGACUACUUAGAGUAGAGGGCCAUCAGGUCAGGUCUGGCAACAUAACCCCUACAGUAUACUGUAAUGGAUAUACUGUUUGAAAUGUUCCAUUAAUGAAGUAUUGGUGAUUUGUCAUUGUCAAUUUGUAAAAUAAGGUCAAAGCAAGAUAAUUCAGGUACAAUCGGUUUUAAAUUACUAAUUUUACUAAAAUUACUCAUUUUCAGACAAAGAAAAUGUACUAUUAAUGUGCUUGUUUGAGUGCACAGGGUUAAAAUGGCACUCCAAACUUCAUAAAAUAAGGAUGCUUAAUAUAUAUUCUUUAUGCAUGUUCUCGUUAAACAUUGAGUAGUGCUUGGUAAGGAUAGGACCCCCUGGUCUUGGUUAAUUGCUGAGGUGUGUUUUUGGUGACAGGAAACUGUCCCUGCACACUUAUCUUUUAAAUACUUUAGUUAGAUGUGUCUAGUUAGAUUAGAUAUAUAUAUAUUUUUUUUAUUUAUUUACAUUUUUAAUUUUAUUUAUUAAUUAAUUUUAAAAAAUGUAUUUAUCAGUUUUGGCUUUCAUUAUGUCAAUUUCUGUGCUGUACUUAGGAAUUCAAUAUAACGUGCAUGUCAAUACGUAUUCUUAAAAUAUAAUUUUUUUUAAUUAGAUCAUGCUAUUUUUAAAUUUUUUAUUAUUAUUAAUAAAUAAAAUAUGGACAAAGUCAAAACAAAUGCAAUCCAUGUGUAAUCCACAUCAUCCGUGAUAUUGCCUAAUAUUAGUAGAGUGAAAUAAUGCCGUACAGAGUAUGUGUGAGGUGGGUAGAAAUAAAAUUUCCAAUGUUCUGUAUCAUCAGCACAAAAUUAUCCUAGUACAAUGAAUGUAGGCAGAGAGACUGGGCUGGAGGCCAAUUGAAUUCACAAGAUGUUGGGUAGUUCUACUAGAAACAUGAGUCAUAUUGUCCCUGUGUAGCAACUAGAAUGUGGAAGAGACUAGUCAUGUUUUCAUUUUAAACUAAGUGCAGUGUCUUUGCCAGCUUUAUUUUAUUGCAGGUGGACUUUAAAUCGAAAUGUUAAUGCUUUGUAAUACAAAGAAGUGUGUAAAUAUGUAUUUGUAAACAAUUAUAAUUAUUUCCUUUAUGACAUUUUUAUAGCUGCUCCUGCGGUGCAAAACAAAACACUCUUUUUACCUCCCUCACCAGCUAUUCCUCUCUGUGUUGUGAUUUGCCAAGUGUUGUAAAUAAUUGUCUUUAGGCAACAUAUCUGUGCUGUUUCCUUUUGUUCAUUGAACAUUAUGAUACAUAAAGUAUUGUAAAGUACACAGGUGAUGAUAAAAAUGUGACUUUGCAUGGAAUAACAUUUCAGUCAUACACUGUAAAAGCUAUUUUUUUUCUCAUAUUGAAGUUUUCUUUUCUUUCUAUAAUUUUAUGUUUCUUACUUUCUCAGCACCUUCUCAGUCUUUAUUGUUGGCAUCACAAUAAUUAUUACAAUCAUUUCUUCGUUGGGCAGAGGUGCAUGUAUCUGCCUAUCAUAACAUAAAACAAGUGGAAAAGAGAGCUUAAUGGUUAGGGUGGCACUCACUGGUGCUUAGGGAGCUUAGUUUAGUAAUGACGUUGCUGUUUUUAUAGUGCCAUCUGCAGCUCCCAAGAUGCACAUGAUGCCAGGUUAUCAGUUUGGCUGUCAUUAACAUUCAUCAUGUGAUGUAAUCGAAAAACAUUCAAAGCCUCCUUUUUGCUUGUUGUUAACCUCACAAUAUCAGCAUAUUGAUCUCAAGAUUGUGUUGUUAAUGACAACAAUCGAAGUGGAGCCCAGUUUUAAGUUGAUAAUGAUUUCUAUCUUUGUUUUCAACACAAUCCCAACCAACAAAUGUUCAUUUUCUGUUCGUGACAUCACCAAACAUGCAAUACUGGUGAAAUUCAGAGGCCAAAACAAACAAAUUACUUGAGGCCUACAUUAGAAGUAAAUUAUAAAAACAUUUUAUUUGCUUAUAUUAGAUUUUAGCAAAGCAUUUGAUAGCGUACCACAUGAAGCGGUUGAUGUAGUAGAUUGAGAAAUAUACUUAAAUGUUUAUCGAAACUUGCUGGGCAUCUCAGGCAGAGACAUUCAAGCUCAUUGAGAGGCAGGGUGUGACUCUCAGCACCCCUGGUAAGAAGUCCAACCAUUCUAAAACCAUUUGACUACUUAGAGUGGAGGGCCAUCAGGACAGGUCUGGCAACAUAACCCCUACAGUAUACUGUAAUGGUUAUACUGUUUGAAAUGUUCCAUUAAUGAAGUAUUGGUGAUUUUUCAUUGUCAAUUUGUAAAAUAAGUCAAAGCAAGAUAAUUCAGGUACAAUCGGUUUUAAAUGACUAAUUUUACUAAAAUUACUCAUUUUCAGACAAAGAAAAUUUACUAUUAAUGUGCUUGUUUGAGUGCACAGGGUUAAAAUGGCACUCCAAACUUCAUAAAAUAAGGAUGCUUAAUAUAUAUUCUUUAUGCAUGUUCUCGUUAAACAUUGAGUAGUGCUUGGUAAGGAUAGGACCCCCUGGUCUUGGUUAAUUGCUGAGGUGUGUUUUUGGUGACAGGAAACUGUCCCUGCACACUUAUCUUAUAAAUACUUUAGUUAGAUGUGUCUAGUUAGAUUAGAUAUAUAUAUAUUUUUUUUAUUUAUUUACAUUUUUAAUUUUAUUUAUUAAUUAAUUGUAAAAAAUGUAUUUAUCAGUUUUGGCUUUCAUUAUGUCAAUUUCUGUGCUGUACUUAGGAAUUCAAUAUAACGUGCAUGUCAAUACGUAUUCUUAAAAUAUAAUUUUUUUAAAUUAGAUCAUGCUAUUUUUAAAUUUUUUAUUAUUAUUAAUAAAUAAAAUAUGGACAAAGUCAAAACAAAUGCAAUCCAUGUGUAAUCCACAUCAUCCGUGAUAUUGCCUAAUAUUAGUAGAGUGAAAUAAUGCCGUACAGAGUAUGUGUGAGGUGGGUAGAAAUAAAAUUUCCAAUGUUCUGUAUCAUCAGCACAAAAUUAUCCUAGUACAAUGAAUGUAGGCAGAGAGACUGGGCUGGAGGCCAAUUGAAUUCACAAGAUGUUGGGUAGUUCUACUAGAAACAUGAGUCAUAUUGUCCCUGUGUAGCAACUAGAAUGUGGAAGAGACUAGUCAUGUUUUCAUUUUAAACUAAGUGCAGUGUCUUUGCCAGCUUUAUUUUAUUGCAGGUGGACUUUAAAUCGAAAUGUUAAUGCUUUGUAAUACAAAGAAGUGUGUAAAUAUGUAUUUGUAAACAAUUAUAAUUAUUUCCUUUAUGACAUUUUUAUAGCUGCUCCUGCGGUGCAAAACAAAACACUCUUUUUACCUCCCUCACCAGCUAUUCCUCUCUGUGUUGUGAUUUGCCAAGUGUUGUAAAUAAUUGUCUUUAGGCAACAUAUCUGUGCUGUUUCCUUUUGUUCAUUGAACAUUAUGAUACAUAAAGUAUUGUAAAGUACACAGGUGAUGAUAAAAAUGUGACUUUGCAUGGAAUAACAUUUCAGUCAUACACUGUAAAAGCUAUUUUUUUUCUCAUAUUGAAGUUUUCUUUUCUUUCUAUAAUUUUAUGUUUCUUACUUUCUCAGCACCUUCUCAGUCUUUAUUGUUGGCAUCACAAUAAUUAUUACAAUCAUUUCUUCGUUGGGCAGAGGUGCAUGUAUCUGCCUAUCAUAACAUAAAACAAGUGGAAAAGAGAGCUCAAUGGUUAGGGUGGCACUCACUGGUGCUUAGGGAGCUUAGUUUAGUAAUGACGUUGCUGUUUUUAUAGUGCCUUCUGCAGCUCCCAAGACGCACAUGAUGCCAGGUUAUCAGUUUGGCUGUCAUUAACGUUCAUCAUGUGAUGUAAUCAAAAAACAUUCAAAGCCUCCUUUUUGCUUGUUAACCUCACAAUAUCAGCAUAUUGAUCUCAAGAUUGUGUUGUUAAUGACAACAAUCGAAGUGGAGCCCAGUUUUAAGUUGAUAAUGAUUUCUAUCUUUGUUUUCAACACAAUCCCAACCAACAAAUGUUCAUUUUCUGUUCGUGACAUCACCAAACAUGCAAUACUGGUGAAAUUCAGAGGCCAAAACAAACAAAUUACUUGAGGCCUACAUUAGAAGUAAAUUAUAAAAACAUUUUAUUUGCUUAUAUUAGAUUUUAGCAAAGCAUUUGAUAGCGUACCACAUGAAGCGGUUGAUGUAGUAGAUUGAGAAAUAUACUUAAAUGUUUAUCGAAACUUGCUGGGCAUCUCAGGCAGAGACAUUCAAGCUCAUUGAGAGGCAGGGUGUGACUCUCAGCACCCCUGGUAAGAAGUCCAACCAUUCUAAAACCAUUUGACUACUUAGAGUGGAGGGCCAUCAGGUCAGGUCUGGCAACAUAACCCCUACAGUAUACUGUAAUGGAUAUACUGUUUGAAAUGUUCCAUUCAUGAAGUAUUGGUGAUUUUUCAUUGUCAAUUUGUAAAAUAAGGUCAAAGCAAGAUAAUUCAGGUACAAUCGGUUUUAAAUGACUAAUUUUACUAAAAUUACUCAUUUUCAGACAAAGAAAAUUUACUAUUAAUGUGCUUGUUUGAGUGCACAGGGUUAAAAUGGCACUCCAAACUUCAUAAAAUAAGGAUGCUUAAUAUAUAUUCUUUAUGCAUGUUCUCGUUAAACAUUGAGUAGUGCUUGGUAAGGAUAGGACCCCCUGGUCUUGGUUAAUUGCUGAGGUGUGUUUAUGGUGACAGGAAACUGUCCCUGCACACUUAUCUUUUAAAUACUUUGUGUUUUCAUGUAUUUCCUUCUAUAUCUUACCCACUGGCUUAAAAUGAGGAAGCAGUGUGUGCGGGUAGCACAGAUUCAUGUAGAGAAGGUAGCAAUGCUUCUCGAUAUGAUGUCAGUAAGGAAGAGGGUAAAAUCUUGGUAGCUAAUGUUUAACAAAAAGUCAAUAAAAAUGUGAGAUUUAAAAGGUUUGCUGUACUCGUCCUGGCGUUAUAACCACUAAAAUAAACUCAAAAUUUCCACUUAUCACUAACCAUUUGCAAGUCAAAAUUUAGCUUUGGCAAGUAGAAAUUCCCCUAUGGUGGGUAUGCCAUGGACCCUUCAGACUUGCAGUUAAAAGUAACUUUUAAGGCCAAUGUAAGCAACUUCGGAUUUUACAUUUUAAGUCCUGCUUAGAGCACUAAUAUAAACACUUUUUUUAAUCUUAAUUCAAAGUUUAUUAAGUUGAAAGGUACAUACAGUGGAAAGAAUGCAAUCUAUCUGAGAAUGCAUAAAUAGGCAGUCCCAGGUGCGAGUUGAGGUGUAAUGGUGUUUUGUGGUCACUCUCACUCGGGAGAGAGUAUGUGGCGCAUUUGAAAUAUGAAGGUGGUGUAUAAGGUAGAAGGAAGGACACAUAGGUCAUCUAAGAAAGAGAGAGGGGGGAAAGAGAGUGGGGAGAAGGGGAGCACAUGGCCAGAUAAGGGGAAAGGGAUGGAAGGGAGAAGUAAGGAAUGGAAGGUUUAGGUCAAGAUGGAAAAAAAGUAAGGCGAGAGGAGAAGAGGGAAAGUGGGGAGGCCAGACCUCAGAUCCCAGCCUGCCCCCCGAGCCAGGCUCCACACUUCUCGGCUACCAGCCGGGCUAUGUCCUUCCAAUUUGGUAAGAGUCUCGGUGUAGCAUCCAUGAGUCCGUCAUGGGUUGUCUAUGCUGCUAUUGUGAUGUUGAGUUGUUGAGGGACCCCCUUCUACCUGCUCUUCACCACCGCUUAUGGGUUUCUGGUGCUGGUAGCGGAAGACAACCAGUUGAGCCAGUGGUAUCAGGUGUCAUUGUAAGUUUGUGCAUGGCCUGCUGCAGAGAGAAUCUGCUCUUCAAUUUGUCUGAUGUCCUUCACCCUGUUCAUCCAUUACCUUAGCAUCGGGGUCGUAGUUUGUUUCCAGUGAGAUGGAAUAAGGCUGCGUGCCGCGUUUAGCAGGUGAGGGAUGACUGAUUUUUUGUAACUGCGUAAUGGGAGUGUGGUGAGCUGGAGAAGAUAUGUUUCCGGUGUGAGUUGUAGGUUUGCGUCCGUAAUGGAUGAAAGGACACUAUGUACUGCCUUCCAGAAGGGUCUGAUGAGAAGGCAUGUCCACCACAUGUGGUAUAAUGAUCCUAGUUCCCUCCCGUAUCGUCAGCAUUCCGGGUCACAGUUGUUCAUCAUAGCAGUUUUUCUGGCGUUUUGUACUAGUGGGAAAUCAUCUUGUAUCCUGAUUCCUGGAAUUUGGUGCAAAUCGAUGAUUUGUGUAGGAGUACGAAAACGGUAGCCCACUGUUCAGCCGUUGGUGGAUGUCCCAAGUCCCUCUCCCAAUAUUUGGUGUAGUAGGGAAGGAUGCGGGCUAUUCAGCAGGAUGUACAGUAACGAUCUUGCGUUUGGCGGCGGUGGAGGUUGGGCACAGAUGGCUUCAAAUGCGGUGAGAGUUCUUGAGGCUGAGGCCAGAUUGGGAAUGCUCUUCAAGAAUCUCACCAGUUGGUGAUACUGGAAUACAAACACAUUUUUAUGUAUUUUCUUAUUAACAUAAACUGAAUAAUUGAAAGUCUGUACAGAGAGGGGAUAGUGAGUUGCGCAUAUAUAAGUAAUAUGUUCAUGAAUGGCAAAUACAUCUUCUAUUUCCAAUGGCUCCCGGGCUGAUUUAUUUGUUGUAAGAAGACAAAAAGGUGAGUGAGGUAAAGUUCCUCAUUCACUAGCGAAAUUGCCGCAGCUCCAAAAUUAAAUAAACAUAGAUAUACUUAUCCAUAUAAUGCUUAUUGCAGUUCAGUAAAUGCAAAAACAGGGUAAUCUUCUUGAUGCUGGAAUCCUCCCAGUAAUCAAAUGGUACUUCACACAGAACAAGUUUGUUGGUCUGCACUCAUGGGUAAUCCUCAAAAAUACACAAGAAAGCUAUCGUAGAAAAAAUGCUCUUAAAUGCUAUUAUUUAAGUUACAAAAUUGAAUACAUAUGGCAACACAAUGAGACAGCAGUCCUCAUGUAUUCUAUAUUGGUCCAAGCAUAUAGUGAUGAAGAAAUAAAAAACAUGAAUAAUUCAAAACAAACGGGAUCCAAAACCUGAGCGCAGAAGCACCCGCAGCUGCUGUACAGGGGAGAGACUACCAAAGAAGCCGACCCAAAAAAAAGUUAGUAAAGCCCUGGACGCGUUUCACACCACUGGUGCUUUCUCAAAAGGUAUUGGAAAAUCCAAUUGGGAGAAAUGAAAAUCCAAUACAGUUGUUUCUAUAAUAAAAGAUUACAGCAAUAAGUGAAAAAGCCAUCUAAUAUUUGUGAUUAUUUUGUAAACAUACAAUUCAGGUUUGCCAGAUUACUACAAACUGAUUAUUACUAAUUACUAUUAUUAUUAAUAAUCCUUCAGGUCAGUUACUUAUCCAGAUGGCAGACAGCUGCAGAACUGCAAGUGCUGGAUUGAACGUGGUGGUAAGUACUUUGGUGUUUGUAAUUUGAAGGAACCCAAUAAUUAGAUAAAUAUAGCACUAUCUAGCUUGGGAGAUUUGAUUUUCAUUCAGAUUUUAUAAUUGUAAACCCUCCAGUGUCCCUAAAACAGCAGAAGAUUGUCUGGGAAGAGUCGAGCCAAGUAGCCCUUUAAAUUUCUGACCCAAUAACACAUUUAGCACACAAAUGUCAAAAAAGUCUCCAUGCGGUGGCAAACUGGGUCUAAAAAUAUUGGUUUCUAGAAGGCAGAAGGGGCCCACCCACAACUAUAAGGCUAUCAUUUAAUUUUAAUUAGAAAUUUUAAAAUAAUGUAAAAAGUGAAAAAGGUACCAUUAAAAUCUUUGUGAAAAACUAAAUAUUUUUUAGUUGUUACAGUGUACAUAUAUUGUACAUAUUACUGGCAGUAUACAGUAGGUACUAAAUGUAAAUACAGAUUGUUAUAAUUUAACUUAUUAUUGUUUUAAUUUUUAACAAAUUGAUUUUUUUUUUUUAAAUCAUAAUUUAUUUGGCAUAAAACUAUAUGGCUGGGUGGGCUGUAUACCUGGAUGGGGGUGGAGGGUGAGACGGGCACUGUGAUUUGUGAUUAUUUAUAAAAUAAUAUAGGGUGCCCCCCAGCCAUAUCAUUUUAUUAUUAUUAAAAACAUUUUUAUACAGCACCCCCAUCCAGGUGUGCAGGGCCCGAUGUUGGGUGGAUAAUGUGGAGUGACCGUCCUAAUUAUGACAUACCCAGUAGACCGGGUUUAGGGUGCGGGGGAAUCUUCACUUGUUGUGUGGAGUGCUCAGUGUGCUUGUAAUGCCCCAUUAAGUCAGUGUAUAAAUGCUCUCCAUUUUGUGCAAGUUAAACAGCAUGCUGGGAGGGAGGAUGUGCUGAAUAAUUAAUAUGUCUGGGCUUUCAGCAUUUGUCUUCUCUUGUGCUGGGAUGGCCUAGUAAAAAGAAUCCCCAAAUGUAGUAAUUACAACUCACAUGGUUGCUUCCCUUUCAUAUGGCAAAGCAUACUGGGAGUUGUAGUUGUCAAACAUUGGGGUUCCUUUUUAUAGGCCAUCCCUGCACUAGGAAAUACAGGAGCUGUAAGCCCAGACAUUAUUAUUAAUUAUUCAGCACAUGCUCUCUCCCAGGGUGCAGAAUGUGUGACGUGGCAGUAUAGCAGCUAUAUUAUUAAUAAAUACAUGGUAUAGAAUUAAGGUACCAUGGGAUAUAGAUUGUUUUAAAGCACCAGUGGCCCGUGAUGUUUAACUGGGGGUACACCCUUUGGACAAACUUGUUUUAAAGGAAUUCUUCAGGCUGAAAAUGAAACCAUUUUAUUGAGAUCAGACAUAAAUGGCAUUUCUAAAGAAUCCACGAACAUCAAGUGGUUAAGAAAAUCUAUUGGUUUCUAAGAGAACACUUAUAUGGUUAAGAGAACAUUCAUUCAUAAAAAUAAAAUUGAAGGAGACUACAUGGUAAGCUAAUAGCAGCUGACAGGUAGUUUUUAUUAAGUAGCUACAUUUUUUUUUUUAAAUUUUCUCUAUCAUGAACAACGAUACUUGCCUAGGAAAGGUAUUUGUAACUUACACUGCGUAGGCUUGUAUGGUACAGAUAGAGGCUAAAAUUGGGGAUUGGAGAAUAUAGGGUAGUUUCACAUUUAUUUCAAAUAAAGACUUGAACAGAUUUCUAGAGGGACUUAAAGGGGAAUCUUCCUCUCUCUAAGCUGAUGUCCAUGUCCAAACAGCCAAACUUAUAAUACAAUUGACCGGGAGUCAAGAUGAUAAAUCAGAGGUACAUACUGCUGUAGAUUUCUACAUUUAAUUUAAUUUUCAGAAAAAACACACACACUCUCUCUCAUCACAGGAAGUGAUAGUUCCCCUUUAAUGUCCACUUCCUUUCUUUAGUCCGAGUCUGCUGCACUUGUUACAUAAGAAUACGUUACAUUCAUGACAUAAAGAUCGUGUGUGAUACACCUGCAAGAACUGGGAAGUGGAAUUGCACAAUCAUCAACAUUCUCGUUUAAAAUAUAAGAAGUGAAGCUGAAAAUAUAGAAUUUGUGAUCCAAAGUAUAAUUAACUUUUUAAUUAACUCUUUGCACCAAGUACAUCUUGUGACAAUGGAAUGGCUAUAGAUAAAUAAAUUAAAUGCCAUAUUUAUGUGUUUAUCUAGUUUCAGACAUUGCAUGGAGAGAUAAUUCAACAAAUGGACAAGAACACCAAACUGGAUGUGCAGUUUAUACAUGUAUGUAUAUAUAGUGGGUGGCCAAAAUAACAGAAACACAAUCUAUUCAUAUUAAGGCUUUAUAAUCCGUGGACUUAUACUUUGUAGUUAGAACAGUCUCAAAUCUUCUUGGAAUGCCAUUAUGAAUGCUGAAGUGUUUAGUUGGAUUCUUUAAGAUGCAGAUCCUCCAGCUUAUUGAGGAAUAAGGAAGUCAUAAAUCCACUCUAGAGCCCAUCAUAUGCUAUAAUGGUUCGAUAAUGUUUGGAUCUGGUGUGUGAGAAGUCAGUGGAACAUCUUUGUCGUUAUCCUUUUGUUCAUGUCAAAUGACUUUGAAUUUGUUUCGAUAUACGUACAAGGCUAUAAUUACCAUAUGGACACUCCAUGAGGAGGCAAUGUUGGUACCAUAACUGGCGUGUGAAAUUGCCUUAAAUUUCUUGUUGGUUAUAACAUGUCUGUGACUUCCACAAGAUGGCUGCCCAUACUUUUAUGGAUCCCCCUGUUUUGGCUAUAAACUUAAUGGUUUGAAAUUGUCAUUCGACUUUCUUCAGUUAUAAACCAAUACAGGUAUAUACUAUAAAUUGAAAGACUACCCCUAAGACCAUGCUAUAUUUCUUAUAUUUUCUGUUGUUCAUAUUUUCUCCUUAUCCUGUGCCAGUGGCCACUUUUUAUGAUAAUUAUUAGAAACUUUUUUGCUGCGCCACCCUUCAUUCCACAUGUCUAAUUUAGAUUGGAAUUUUCUCCUACUACUCACCACAACUCACCUUUAUACUUUUUCUAUUAUGUCUCUUUUCCUUAAUUCCUUCGUUCUUCACAAGACUAUUCUUAAUGAUAUCAUUAUAUUUCCUUCUUCUUUUUUUUUUUCUAAGCUUGGUUUGAAUUUUGUAUCUGUUACCUUUAUGUAUAAUUUACAAAACAAAAUGGCAGAUUGUCCAUAUAAUAAUAAUCACCAACAGGACAGCCAGACUCGUUAUGAGAUGGAGUAUCGCCAAAGAGCAGCCACUCUUGAUAAGUGUAUGACAGAGGUCUGGCGAAUGGAGAGACAGAAAGAUCGCAACUUGAGAGAAAUGAAGGUGAGUUUGCGGUAAAGAACUGUUGAAAUAUCUCAUUAACAUUUCAUAUAUUAUGCUUUGCUGCAUGUUUUGCGUAAUGUCUUAUCUUUAUACCGUCAUUCUUGUUAUUUUUAUCCUUGUCUACCUAUGUCAGGUUUACUAGUUUGUACUGGCUGUCUCUCAUUUCCGAUUUGCUCUAACUUUGCUGAACUGUUUCUCAAAAUGUACUGGUCUGUGUCUUGACUCUCCCCUUUGUACUCUAUUGAAUAGGAGAAUGUAAGCAUGUUGCAUUCGGACAUGUUGUCUUUUGUCAAAGAGAGCCAGCGAGCAGCAGAACUGGAGGAGAAGCGUAGGUACCGUUUCCUUGCUGAGCGGCAAUGGUUGUUGUGUAGUUCCUUCUUCCAAUAUCACAGCCGGGUAAGUGGUCCACAUUAACACUGAUUACAUAUAGAGUUUUGAAUGCAUGUAUACUAUUACAAAAAAAAGCAUUACAAUUCGAAAAGGAUAUACAUUGCACCGAAAUCUACAGCUCCUUAUUUCUAAAAUCAGAUUGCUAACUUCACGUAGCUGUUUAAAGGUACACUAUAGUCACCAAAACCACUACAGCUUAAUGUAAAGUUUCUGGUGUCCCACAGGCUUUUCAGUGUUCUCUUGUUCCCUGAUUUUUUUAUAUAAAUGCUGCCUUUUCAGAGAAAAGGCAGUUUUUACAUUGCUGCCUAAUAACACCUCAAAUGGCAGUCACUCAGACGGCCACUAGAGGUCUUUCCUAGUUCAGUGUUGCACAGUAUGCAGCACCUACAUUCAGCGUCUCCACUCUCUGUUUCUAUUCCUGACACUUCAGUGUUCUUUAAAGGUCAAAGUCUUAACAUUUAGCUUUUACCAUUUGUAAUUAUCAUUUACAAGUAGAUUCUUAUUAAAAAAAAAAAAAAAAGAUAUAUUUGAAUAAAAUAAUUUCCCCUAAACUAUACUUCUCCUACACAUUUGAGAAUCGAAGAAAUGUUAUAUACAUACACAAUACACACAUUUCUCUAUAUUAAUAGGAGAAGACAAAAUAAAGGUAUCAGUAAUGGAAUGAGGAAACUUGUGGCCAUCAUGAUCUGUGUAUAGGGGGCUCUCCAGUUUUAAAUAUAAUAGUAGAUUUCAGGGUAGAAAAGUUUGCUUCCCCUCAGCCUUCAAAGGGGGUGUUAAGUGCAUCUUAUUCAUAUUUUAGUAAUGGUUAGGGGCCUGACUCUGCAUUUGAAUUCUAUAUUUUAGACUUGGCACUCAUGUGCUGUUUACUUCAGAUACCUGUGCAAACUUCAAAACAGUGGCCAUGAAAUGUGGCAAAGUUCCAUUUGUAAUAGUUCAGGACUCCAACAACUUCUCUUGACAAUGAAUGGUAUACUCCCAUAUUAAUUGUGGCUCUAAAAGACAGAUGAUACGAUUCUUAAUAUAACAGCUUGAGGCUUCUGCUUUUAGAAGCAGUCAUGGUGGUAGGAGUAUGUGCAGCCUUUCUGCUUGAAACACUGCACAUCCAGAUGUAUUUGAACUAGUGUGCCAGGGGCUAGUUGCACCCCUGACACACAUGACUUUGGUUUAAUAUCAAUUCUGUGCAAAAAAAUGUAUGUAGUCAGCUUGCUUGGUGAUAGACAUACAGAGCUUCUUCCGGCAUUGCUUUGAUCUCCUUUUCCUCCCAUUUCAUUGAAUUCCUCCCUGAUGUCCCCACUUCCUUUCAUGUUCAGUCAUUUUUUUAAAAAUAUCUCCUCCCCUGUUCACCCUCACUCCCUCCUCUUACCAGCUCAGAGUGCGCACAUGGUCUCUUGCCAGUUAAAUGAUCUGAUCAAAUGCUUCUCAAUGAAAAGCAUUUGAUUUGAUUGGACCAUGCGAGGAGUUGCGGUGUCAGAAGAGGCAUGGAAACCAGCAUGGUGGCCUUCACCCGGCGCUGGUUUUCAGGUAAGUUUGUUGCUCUCUGUUUUGGUUAAAUUUACCCAUAAAAUGGGGUAGGGCAAGUCAGUAAUGCUGAGUAAAACAAAUGAUCACAAAGAGGGUUACCCUUUAAUUUUCAACAAUGAUUGUUAAUUGUAUUAGGGAAUGAAACAUCUGAGAGAAAAACGUGUCUUUGGGAUUACAGUACAUUCUGAUUAUAGAGAAAAACAUGGCUUCCUACAUCAAACAUAUCUUAUUAAUUACUUCUUACUUACUUAUAGAUCUGUUCACCAUAAAGGGACACUAUAGUUACUAGAACAACUAUAGCUUAUUGCUUUUGUUCUGGUGAGUAAAAUCAAUCUCUUCAGGCUUUUUGCAGUAAACACUGUAUUUUCAUAGAAAAGGCAGUGUUUAUAUUGCAGCUUAGUGAUAACUCCACUGGCCACUCCUCAGAUGGCUGCUAAAGGGUGCUUCCUGGGGAAGUGCAGCACUGCAAUUUAGUGUCUCCACCCUCUGCAUGGAGACACUGGACGUUCCUCAUCGGGAUGCAUUGAUUUAAUUGCUAUGGGAAAGCAUUGUGAUUGGCUGAGAAGAAUCACUUCUGAUGAUGUCAGCCAAGGAGGCAGAUCAGGGGCAGAGCCAGCACCAACAGAUGGAAAUAAUGGUACAAUUUUACUAUAUUUAGGGUGAUAAGUGGGGUUAGAUGGUGUUUUAACACUAUAGGGUCAGGAAUACAUGUUUGUGUUCCUUUAACUCUACCAUUUCCCUGGGCCGCAUUGAAACCUUCUUUCUUAAUGCUCUUUUAUUUCUUCUUCCCCAUUUCUUCUUCACCUGUUAUUCCACUUUGUCUCUCCCCCUUUUCUUGUACAUCUGGCUUUCUGCUUCUUCCUCUUUUUUCUUUUGCUAUAGAACUCUUACUUAGCCUGUGUGCGCACUAUACACUGCUCAGCCACAAUAUUAAAACCACUGACAAGUGAUGUGAAUAACUUUGAUUAUAUCGUUACAAAGGCAGUGGUGUUCCCUGAUGGCUGUGACCUCUUUCAGCAGGAUAAUGCAUCCUGUCACACAGCAAAUAUUGUUCAUGAAUGGUUUGAGGUACAUGACAAAGAGUUCAGGGUGGUGCCCGUGUCUCCAGAUCUCAAUCCACUUGAGCAUAUAUGGGAUGUGCUGGAACAACAAAUCUAGUCCAUGAAGGUCCCACCUCGCAACUUGCAGACAUUAGGAUCUGCUGUGAAUGUCUUGGUGCCAGAGACCACGGGAUAUGUUCAGAGGUCUUGUGCCUCAACACAUCAGAGCUGUUUUGGCAAUACAAAGGGGACCUACACAAUAUUAGGCUGGUGGUUUUUAAAGUUGUGAAUGAUCAGUGUAUUCUGAGCAGGUAGGUUCAGUUUCUGUUUUUAUAUUGAGAUUGGUUACUAAAUGGGUAGCUUGUCAAUAAUGUUCGCAUACUGUUCUUUGCUCAUUUAUGCACCCCCAUUACAUUUUGUACUCUGCAAAAUAUCUAAGAAAAUACCAUGGUCUGUAUUUCAGGCACAGGGUGUGUUGCAGAGCAGAGUACCUACAUGGAAGGAGCAGAUUGACGCUAGCAGAAACCAAGGCCAACAACCUACUCAGUAUGUUCCCAACAGACAAACCUCUAGCCCGAUGGUAAGAGACUUCUUCUUUAAACAAGAUUGUGGGUUCAGUUCUGGCAUAAACUUUAUUUCUAGCUUUCUAGAUAAAUACAUUUUUUUAGAUAUUUGUCGCAUAUUGUGUUUCUUUGCCGACAUUUCUGGUGCCUAUAUUAUAUUACCGUAAUGCGCCAAUACGCUACGAAACAACAUCAGUACAGUAAAGCUAAGGUCCCCUUUUGUAUCCCUGAAAUCGCUCCAGUCUGCUAAAUCUCUUCUUGCUGGAGGUAUUGGUGACUUCCUGGUUUUAUAAUGAAAGUAAUAGUUACAAACCCAAAGCCAAAAGAGAAAAGCUUAUGCAUUGAGGGUUUGAAACUCUCCCAGCAUCUACCCUCACUUGCCCCUCAACUAACGCAGAAGUAACUUUUGCAUUAGCCUGUCCAAUUUUAGGCAGCAAUGAUAGACAGAGAAUCUUUAAAUAACCCAUUCCCAGCACUCCUAGCCUAUUGUUGCUACCAACAAUUUCACAAGCUAAUCUGGAAAUCCAAUUAAGAGCGGAAAGCGGAUAGCUGAGCGGAAAGCCUGUAGGCAUCCACCGUCCACUGUCACUUUGCUUCAUAACCAAGCUCAUUGUAGUGGUUCCAGGUCUUAGAAUGGUCAUUUAAAUACAUGGACAAGUAAUUACAGAACUGUUGAAAAUGGCUCUAGGUUUACCUUUGCACUAAUGUUAGAGUAGUGACAUUAUUAUAUUAAGCUAGCUGGUAUCUGCAUUCCAGUGCAGGGUGCCCUCCCAGUGCUGUUAAGGAGGCAGGUUGUGAAAUAGAGGGACACUGUUGUACCCCAUUCAGUCAUGGUGUGAUCCAUUAUAAAUGUCACGCAUCUUAAUAGCAUUGCUACUAGGACACUUCACAUUUUGAUAUGAAUAUUUUAACCACAAAGUUUUUAAAGUGAGCUUCACUUUUCUACAUAUAUUUUGAGGCACCACUCUAAGUACUGUUAUAAAGAUGCAUUUUAUUACAUAAAGAUCUGUAUGCAGAGAUAUUUAACUCUUUGUUUGACAUCCUGUCUCUACCAGACUGAAGUGAGAGGCUCUUCACGUUUUGAUUCCAGCCAUAGGGGUGUACAGAGAACACCAUCAAAUGGUAAGCAGCAGUUUUUCUUGUAUACUAUGUCUGCGGCAUUUUGCAUAUUUAAUGACUUGUCUUUGUGUCUGAUUAUUUUAAUUAUUUCUUUAUUUUUUUUUAUUUUUAUAUUCUUUAUUUUUUGAUGUGCAUGAAACUUACACUCAAGCAAUGAAUGCCACUACAGCGAUAAAACAGAUAUAAAUGAGUAUAUAGCAGUAACACAUGCAUGGCAUUCUGUGGGGCUGCACAAUUUUAUAAUUUUAAGUUAAACAGGCAAAAUUAACAUGCCUAAAAUUGUGUUAGAUAACAAGGUAAAAUAUAGGUAGAGACAAAUAGACAUGUAGGCAGGAUUCCAUGUGUGCAAUUAAGACCGCAUAAAGGGUGAUGCGUAAUAAACAUGUUACCUAUGUCAGUAUCAUAUUAUCAAUUAUGUCAAUUAUGCCUUGGGUUGCACACUCAUUAAAAUUACCACUGGGGCUGAGUACCAUUUCUAUAAAGCCACCGUUUUGAAAGGAAAAGAUUAAAGACAACAGGUUGAAAGCAAAUAAAAGAUUAGAACAAGCUGGUGGGCAAGCAAUCAGAUCGUGAGCUGUAGGCCUCUAGGCAGCAGUAGUCCCCAGUUAUGCGAUUCCCGGUAUUGGGAGGUCUUUGACGGCAGCUGGAGGGCAGCGACCACAGGCACAAGUGCGGGCUCCCCUGGACACCCUUCAGGCGGUUGUUUCUCCUUCAGGUCUAGGACUUCCGAGGGUGUGCGCUACGUGAAGGGUGACAACUCUGCUUGGAUUGAGAGCCAGGUGAGUAGCGGAUGAGUUGGGUACCUGUCUUUCGGCCAUGAGGUGUCCUUCCCGAAUUCUUCCACAACCGCAGUCUUGCAGCAGGUACACUAUUCAAAGCAGGCUUUGGUCGUUGCUGGCGGGUAGGUCGUGAGACCCGGACUUGAGCGUGUCUCCGCACUAGUCGCUUGCUUGUGUCCCAGCUCCUCCGGUCUCUUUCAGGCAGUAAAGGAUGUGUUGCUGCCAUACACUUCUCCAGUUGGGCACAAAAUUGCUGAAAGAUUGCCACAGCCUCAACAGUAUGCGACUGGAAUGAUCUUGUAGUUGUGAGCUGCACUGUGUCAGGCUCCAUGGCCCAGGAAGAGUUGUCUCGGCUAUUGUGUAUGGAGCAGUCUCUUCAGAGCAUGGGAACUGUACGUAGGUUAGUGCUUUUUGUGUUUAUUAGCCCAGGGGGGUGGGAGAGAGUAGCAGCACGAAGAGUUCAGACAGAAGGCUGUUGAGUGGCAAGAGCGGCUGCCUCUCCCCGGCAAAGAUGCGUGUAGGCCACAGAUGCACACUUCAGGCAUGGACCAGAGUGGUCUCCCCAGAUUAGUCAAAGUGUCCCCAGUGCAGACAAUACACUGUGGGGCGGAAUGAGGCUCAAGAGUACAGGGUACAGCUGAGGAAUCACACAAAAGUCCAGGAGCUUGUUCACCAUGCAUCCUGUCGUCUUGGCGGUCAGGCUCCGCCACCCUCUAGUUAUUUUUAAGAUAUCCACUGCCAGUUUUCUCUACCGAUUAGUACUGACUCUUUCUUGAAUGACAGUUUUAUAAGCUUUAAGCUUCACUUUGUGGCUUGUUUUAAUCUCUCUUGCUCUCACUUGCAGGCUCAAUGGGAAACGCACAGCAACGCAUGCGAUCUAGUUCAUUUGGCGAAGUGGCUGUAGCAGCAGUGGCGGCAGCAGCAUCCAACACAGGAGGCAAGAGAGUUCAGGCGUUAGUAGAUCACAACACUGGGGGGAAUAGUACUCUGCUCCCCUUUUCCAAAGGAGUGAUGAUCACAGUGCUGGUUCCAGAAGCCAGGAAUGGAUGGCUGUAUGGAAGACUGGAGGGGCUUUCAACGUGAGUUAGUUUAUCUUGAAAAAUGUAACUAAUAAAAUUAUGGCAUUGAGAUGUACAGACAUCUAAAAGUUACAACUAUUUAACCUGCAUACUUUUUUAGACUUCAAUGGUUGAAGGGUUCUUGUGUGAGUAGAAUUAUGCGGGAGGAACUAUUACAUCCUUUGCAGCACAGUGCUUUGUGCCAACCCUGGGCACCAGUUAGUAUGGUGUGGAACAUUCUUCAAAGCGGAUAUUGUUUAUUGCUAAAUAUUACACAGUACAGUUUGGACAAGCCUUUUGGACUUGGAAUUUUGUUAAUGUUAACAGAGGAACAGUCCCAUUUCUGAGAAUGAAAGUUCCUUGAUCCUUUAAAGGACCACUAUAGUGCCAGGGAAACAUACUCGUUUUCCUGGCACUAUAGUGCCCUGAGGGUGACCCCACCCUCAGGGUCCCCCUCCCGCCCGGCUCUGGGGAGAGGAAAGGGGUUAAAAUUACCUUUUUUUCCAGCGCCGGGCAGGGAGCUCUCCUUCUCCUCUCCGCCUCUGAUCCUCCCAUUCGGCUGAAUGCGCACACGCGGCAAGAGCUGCGCACACAUUCAGCCGGUCUCAUAGGAUGCUUUCCUAUGGACGCUUGCGUGUUCUCACUGUGAUUUUCACAGUGAGAAUCACGCAAGCGCCUCUAGCGGCUGUCAAUGAGACAGCCACUAGAGGCUUUGGAGGAUGGAUUAACCCAUUUAUAAACAUAGCAGUUUCUCUGAAACUGCUAUGUUUAUAAAAAAAAUGGGUUAAUCCUAGAGGGACCUGGCACCCAGACCACUUAAUUAAGCUGAAGUGGUCUGGGUGCCUAGAGUCGUCCUUUAACCAAUAAACACUAUUAAAGGUUUACUGAGAGGAGGAAGUAUGAAACACUUGCUUCUGCAGCACACACCAUGAUGCUGUGGCACUGGCGGAUCCAGGGGGAGGGGGCAACUGGGCAAUUGCCCCCCGAGGCUCUCCCCUGCCGGCUGAUGCAGGGGUGGCAUUGUCCAAGCGCCAGCCCUGCAAUGUGCCUUCACGGACCGGAGGGGAGAUCAGAGAUCUCUCUCCCCGGUCCGCAGGCACCGUGCUGGCAGCCGGCAGGGGAGGGAGAGAGGACCCGGGAGUUCAGCCUGUGAUUACCACGGCAACACUCUGGAUCUCGCAAGAGCGAACUCUAGCCCUGGAGCUACGGGCUAGAGUUGACUCUCACCACUGCGACCACCAGGGAUUGAGAAAUGUCGCGCCUCCGCCCUCAGUAAAGGUAAGAAGGGAGGACAUAAAUGUAUUUAUUUUUUAAAUUAUAAAAAAGCCCCCCCACCCUCCUCACCACACAUUCACACACUGUCAUCCCUGUCAUACACACAAUGCCCCCCAUACACACACUGCCCACACACAUACACAGCCCCCCAUAUACACAUUGCCACACACACACAUACACAGCCCCCCAUACACACAUUGCCCCACACACCCUACACAUUGACACACUACACCCGCCCACACACACUGCACCCCUCACACAUUGCACCACUCACACAUGCCACUGUUCCUAUGCCCUACUAUAGCCCCAUAUCUCAGCAGACCCCAAGUAAGUUGUCAAACUGUUUUUAAACAGUUUGACUACUUACUCUGGCAGGGGAUCCUGGCACUAUAACCACUACACAGAGCUGUAGUGGUUAUUGUGCCUGGAUUAUUUAUUUAAAUAAUCUACAAGUGCCCCUCCCGAGAUCAGUCUCUGGAUCCGCCACUGUGCUGUGGGUGGGCACUUGGGCAUCUACUUGGAAGGUGCUGUACGAGUGCAUUAAUCUUUUGGCAUUAUAUUGUAUGCUAUGAGUGUGUGAAUUAAAAAAAAAAAGGAUAUUUUUUUUCUUAAGGCAACAUUAAAAUGACAAUUCCGCUAGUAAAGAGAAUAGGUAGCAUGCGACAUUUUAUAGGCAUAUAAUAUAAUCCUCUUGUCUCAGUUUGGGGUGUAAUUUCAAAUGACAAUUUGUUUUGUUUCCUCUUAAACUUUAUGGUAACAUUGACUGCUUUGUUUGUGUUUUUAUCAUAUUUCACAUUAAGAAACCUACAUUUUGUUUUCGAUUGGUUCCAGAUGUAGGAUGGGUUUUUCUGUUCUUAUCUUUGUAACCUUUUUUAUCUUCUGCAUUUGAGUUAUGUUUAUUCGAUUCAUAUCUGUGCUGUUGUUCUUCCUGUGCUUUGAUUAAUAUAUAAUUCUUCUGUUGUUUUUUCCAUGAUGCAGUAUUCAUCAUUUCCCCCUUAACAUUGCUUUAGUGCACUUCACAGAAUGUAGUUGGGAAUUUUGUUAGUAUUUUAGCCAGGAGAUUAUCAUAUCUGAACUCAUACUGAACCAGGGUGAUAUUACAAUAUGCAAUGACAAUUGUGUUUGCCAUUUUGUUAAUUGCACAGUGUGAAAGACACAAACUUUGUCUGCUUGUCUGUCUAUCUAAUCUCUCACCUGUCUGUUCAUCUAUUUAUCUAUCUGUAUUAAUGAAUGGUCUAGAUGGUCUGACCAUGUGAUCACAAUAUAUAUUUGCUGUACAGCUACACCUGGAUAAGAUCACUGCUCUUGGAUGUUUGUAGUAUUUUCUUAUUCUGUAAAUGAAUCUACCAAAGUUUUAAAAUGAAUGCUAUUUACUUUUUAAAGGAACACUGUAGCAUUAGGACUACAAAUCCUUUUUCCUACUCCUUUAUGGUUUCCUUCCCCCCACCCCCAUAAAAAUUAAACAAAUCACAUUUUUACUUACCUGAUUACAGCACUGAGGAUUCCUUGAUGUUGCUGAUCUCUCCUACCCAAUGAUCCUUUUAGAGGAGUAUUUGGGACCUAUUAUACAUGCGCAGCAAAUGCUGCACACACAUUCAAAAUUCCCCAUAAGAAAGCAUUGAAUUAAUGCUUUCUUAUGGGGCUUCUGCGUCACGUGACUAAGUUUCGCUCUGUCUGUGCCGCAGAAACGUCUCUACUGGCUGUCAUAUUGACAUCCACUAGACGAGGACUUAACCCUGAAGUGUAAACAUUACACUUUCUUAUUAAAUGCAGUGCUUUACAUUGCAGGGUUAAGGGGACAGGGGCAGUGCAGCCAAACCACUUCAUUGAGAUAAAGUGUUCUGGAUCCGCAUAGUGUCCCUUUAAAUCUACUGGUUAGCCCUGUACAUUUUUGUUGAUAUAUCAAAAUAGGGUUCAGUGCUGGAUUUCAGCUUCCAUCUACAGCAGCACAGUGUAUUUACUUUAGAAGUUCUCUAUUAAUUCAACUUUAAUCACACACAGGAUGCUGCUGUAGUCUCUAGUAGGUAAUUAACAGAGUAGAAGGUCAGACAUUAGAGGAACAUUCCAAACACUUUAGUGGUUAUGGUGCCAGUUGUGCCCUGGUACCUCCACCAUAAAUAGUCAAACAACCAUUUUAGAACUGUUUGAUUACGUAACUUGGAUUCAUAUCAACCAGAGAGCUGAAAGUUCCUAAGCAGGAACUUCAGUUUGCUCUACUGAGCUAAACCCCUGCAGUGCAGGGCUCGGUACCCCACUGAGAGGGUCGGUUGAUCACCCUCAGCCAAUGGGUUCCACUCAGACAUAAAGCUUACGACUCUUUGGCUGAUGUAGUGGAGUUGGGGAGGACUCCAGGUAAGGAGUCAAACCAUUCAAAGAUAGCUUGAAUAAUAACAAUGGGUGGAUCUUGUCACCAUAACCACCACAGCACACUAUAGUGGUUAUGGUACUUUAGUGUUCUAUUAACACUCACUAUGCAAUAUGAAAAAUUUAAAAGGUAGACACUUUUUCAUGGAUGUGUGUAGGGAGGCUUUAUGAGUCCCACAAAGGGGAAUUGUGGCUAGGGCUGCAUAAACAAAUGAUUAAACUCUAAAAUGGCAGAGAACUGAGCAAUGAGACUGCAGAAGCAUGAUCUGUUCACCAAAACUGCUUCAUUAAAGGACCACUAUAGUGCCAGGAAAACAUACUCGUUUUCCUGGCACUAUAGGGUCUCUAGGUCCCCCUCCCGCCGGGCUCUAGGGUGAGGAAGGUGUUAAACACAUAAAUUUUCUCCACCGCUGGGCUCCCUCGGCAGUGGGGACUCUCCGCUUCCUUUUCCCAUCAUCAGCUGAAUGCGCACGCGCGGCACAAGCCGCGCACGCAUUCAGCUUCCAUCUACAGCAGCACAGUGUAUUUACUUUAGAAGUUCUCUAUUAAUUCAACUUUAAUCACACACAGGAUGCUGCUGUAGUCUCUAGUAGGUAAUUAACAGAGUAGAAGGUCAGAUAUUAGAGGAACACUCCAAACACUUUAGUGGUUAUGGUGCCAGUUGUGCCCUGGUACCUCCACCAUAAAUAGUCAAACAACCAUUUUAGAACUGUUUGAUUACGUAACUUGGAUUCAUAUCAACCAGAGAGCUGAAAGUUCCUAAGCAGGAACUUCAGUUUGCUCUACUGAGCUAAUCUGAGAUCACUUCCUCUACGUACUGCAAUGCAUAAAUUGAGGAUUGUCCUUCACCACCUUUUCGUAUUAGCAGAUAUGUGAAGUUUCACUGGGACGUCUGAUAGGCCAGAGCCUGUUUGGCUCUAGCAGCCUUGAGUGCCGUGCAAAGACAACUUGAGUGCCGUGCAUGGCACUAGUGCCGUAGGUUGCCUACCCCUGUCCUAGAGGAUUGAAAAUAUUAACGUCAUUCACCGUUUUUGGUUCUGUGAAUUUGCUGGAAAUUUGAAAGUUUUCUCAAACAAGUGUGAUAGGUUUAUGAAUUAGAUGUCAGAGUUAAAGAGUUUUAUCCAAGUCCGUGAACCCAGUGGUAACAUGCCAACCAAAGGAUGGAGCUUCCAUGAUCGAUCUUGUGAUCGUGUCUUGUACCCUAUCAAUCCUCCUUUUACUAACCAAUGUGACGUGCUAUUUGCAUUCUUGUAGGUGAAGUCGUCUCCUUCUUAACAGAAAAUAAAAUAAAAAACUCUGCAACAUCAUUUUGUGAAAGUGGCACAUUUGUCCAACAAAGUCCUACCUUACCUGCUUAAAAGGUCUGGCUCUGGAGAAACCCUGCAUUUUCCUUACCAUUCCGUCCACAGGUGUUUUUUGCUAUCAAGUGAUUAUUGUAUUGUCUCUUUGCCUAUGUCCUAGGAACAGCAAGGAGUUACAUAAAACCCUCUACUACUUUUUUUUGUCUUUUGUGUUUUCUGUAGAACAAAAAACUGCUGUUGAAAAAAAUAAAAUAAAAAGAGAUACAAGAAUCAAAACUCAACAAAUGAGUACUUCGUUAAUUUUCAUAUGAUGUCAUCCAAAAUAUAUUUUCUUAAUAAUAUCCAGACUUUCAUGGAAAACAAAUAAUUUCGUGGUUUUUAUGUUUAUGCAUCUGUGGAUGCUUCCUGGAUACCAGGACAGUUCUUCGUAGUGUUGUUCUGAUUUAGACAUCUGCAACUUGGCCCACCCAUUGUGGAUACAAGAGUAAUGGAGUUUAGUUAUUGAUUCCAAACAGGAAUCAGGACUAGUGUUCAUAUUUGUCACCUUAUUAAGCAGAAAAAAAUAAAACAAGUCCAUAAACCGGUUCUGUAUACCGGCAGCAAAUGAAUCAUCAAUCUGUGUAUUUAUGGUGCUGAUGCCUUCUGCAAAACAUCAAUAAGUCUUUUUUGUUUUUCCCUUGUUUUCUGUUCCAUUCUUGUUAGCUCAGCUGUUCAUUGAACUGGGGAAUUGAAGGAGGAGAAUGUGGAAAGAUUGCAGAAAAGAUUUUGAGAAGUGUUGUGCCUCUCCAAUGGAAUCCGUAAUCUGGGGUGUUCGCAUAUCGAGCUGUUCUUGAUAUCCUGCUUAAUAUCUAAUAAAAUGUUGGAGACAGAGAUUUAGCUUCCUAAUAGUUAGUCUAUUCUUAAUAUAUAUGCUGGUUUAUGGCAUGAUUGGUGUAAUUAAAGACAAAUAGGAAGGAAUUUUUGGGGGGUUCAGAACUGCUCCCCGUAAUUACACUUCAGAAAUGUAAAUAUUUGAAUGUGAAAUUGUUAUGGUUAGGAUAGAAGACAUCACAGAGAUAUAGGUGUUUUGAAGCAAAUGUAAAGGAGCAUAAAAUAGAACAAGGGGAGGUAAUGUUAGUACUAAAAAGUGGUGAUUGGUAUAAAAAAAAUGUUUUUAUAGAGACCGCAAAUUAAAGUUUGUGUUUUUAUUUUUUUCAGGACUGGCUGGUUCCCAGAGGCAUAUGUGAAAUCUUUGGACCAGGAUCCCAGGUAGGACAAGAGUUAUUAUUAUUAUUGCCAUUUAUGUAGCGCCCACAUAUUCCAUAGCAUUUUACAAUAUUAUUAGAGGGGGGAUUUAACUAUAAAUAGGACAAUUACAAGAAAACUUACAGAAACGAUAGGUUGAAGAGGGCACUGCUCAAACGAGCUUACAGUCUAUAGGAGGUGGGGUAUAAAACACAUUAGGACAGGAAAUAGCAAUAGGGCAUAAUAAUAAAAGAAAAAAAGAUUAUUCCAAAAAUAGUUGAAAAACGUAACAAAAAUAAUAAAUGAGUAACGAGUUCAAAGUGUAAUUUGUACAAUUUAUAAAAGGAUGAUAGUAUUGGCGUUCCUUGCAUGCUUCAAACUGAAUGGGUACUUCUUCAUAGGCUUGUGUAUUAACCAAUUAAAAUAUGCUAGCUACUUAAGGAAGACACUGUCUCUACAGGUCAUACGGUCUGCGUAGUGCGCACAGUACUGGAGAUCUCUUGGACGGACAGGAUAACACCCCACAGACAGGUUACAGGCCUAUUUCCCAGGGCCCACCAGAACCAAGCAACCGACGAGGAAGUGAAGCAGGCAUGAUCCCUGCAGCCCCUGCACACAGCAACCCAGCAUCAAGGGUAAGAGGAAGAAAUUACUUUGGUUUUUAAGACAUCUGUUUGUUGAACUAUACUUCUAGUGUUCAUUACUAACAAGGAAAUAUGGUAUAGACAGAGACACUAAAAUGUUCUUGGAAUGUUGAAUUUCCAUUGCCUGAUUUCACGGUCUACACAGUAAAUUGUGCAUUAGUCUCUUUCCAUUGUGUCAGAUUGGAAGGUAUUGCUGUUACAGCUAAAAAUAUAUUGUGAACAGUUGCCUGGGAUUUGAUGAAUAGAGUGUACCUUCUCCAAACAUUAUCCACCCACUGCUCUUGCUGAGGAACCCAAAUUUUGUUCCUAACCCAGGAGUUAGGAACUGCUGAUUUAAAUUAUAUUAAAUACAAUAUGUUUGUAAUAUGUACUUUUAUAAGGUGACCAGAUUAAAUGGGGACAAACUUAUAUUUUAAAAAAAAGAAAAAAAAGUAAAAAUGGGGGGCGGGAUCAGACGUCUGAAAAUCGGAGCUAGCUGGAAGCCAACCGGGAAUAUUGACCCACGACGGUGACCACACUGACCCCCAGCCGCUGGGGUACGCGGGGAUACCGCCCAAGCACCGACAGCAACCUGACAGGGACCAGGAGCUUGCUUGAGCCGGGACGAGACGGCCACUCUCCCGGGUCUCCGUCCAGCAUCUGUAAGGGUGCCAACCAUCCAACCAUCACACCAAGCCGGGCCUGAGCAACUGCUUUGGCGCGCAAUUUCCACCGGACAGCGCCAAAAUGGCCGACGCGCCAAUACCGCAUGAUGGCCAGCCAUGCGCGCGAACAGCCAGUUUGACAGAGAGGUUUAAACCUGGGCAGAGAGCCAACAGGGACUUGGCCCCAAAGCAUCGACCGAUGCACCAAGAGGCCCCACAGCAACAGACGAAACACUCACCGGCAGCGAGGAAGGCCCAAAAUGGUGGAGAGUAAAGUGGCAUACAGCGCAUCAGCAGCGGGCACCACAUGAACGGACAUUACCGAUUCUUAAGCCUGGCGACACAUCUGUGAUAGUGGAGGUGACAUCGACCCUGCCCCACAGCCCACUCUGAAGCAUAGGAGCCCAAGACAUCUCUCCCCAAGGCUGGACUGUACACUGCCCCUUGAGGGCAAAGGCUAAGCCAAACUGGCCAGUGGAACUCUCGGGGACUAAUGACCAACUAUUAUUUUCCCUUACGGGCUAUGCUUGUUUCCUAUUAUUUACCUUGUCAUGCGAUUAUACCAACAGCCCUGAUAGCCAACAUCCCAUUUCUAAGCUCUAGAUUAUUAAUGCCUUUCACCACCUUUCCAAGGGGACCUCCUGGGGGGCUAAAGCUGACAGGCCAGCAAUAUGUCUUAUCUUUAUGCAAUGUCCCAAUGUUUUAGCACAGUUGUAAUAUUGCUGCCUUGCUGUGGCUCUAGACUACUGUAAUAUAUAGACCCAAGAGUGGCCUGCUCAGACCCAAUAAGCGACAGGAAAAUAUAUAUUGGCCCCUCGCAGCUGAUUUAGCCUGUUUUGAAUUCUUGAUUAGCAUUAAAGGACCACUAUUGGCACCCAGACCACUUCAGCUUAAUGAGGUGGCCUGGGUGCCUGGUCCAUCUAGGGUUAACCCUUUUUUCUAUAAACAUAGCAGUUUCAGAGAAACUGCUGUGUUUAUAAUAGGGUUAAUCCAGCCUCUAGUGGCUGUCUCAUUCUCACAGUGAGAAGACGCCAGCGUCCCUAGGAAAGCAUUGUGAAUGCUUUCCUAUGGACUGGCUGAAUGCGCGUGCGGCUCCUGCCGCGCAUGCGCAUUCAUCCGAAGAGGUGGAGAGGAGGAGGAGAGCUCCCUGCCUAGCGCUGGAGAAAGAGGUAAGUUUAACCCCUUCCUCUCCAUCCAGCCCAGCGGGUGGGGGAACCCUCAGGGCACUAUAGUGGUCCUUUAACCAUUAGUGUCUGAACCUGAACUCAUACAUGUCUUCUUGUGAAUGCCUUACUAUAAGCUACGAUCCACAGAUACUACCUGCGACUCAUACCUCACCUAUUAACUAUAAAAUUGUGCAAGGACUAACUUAUACUCCACUGUUAUAAAAGUUUGCAAAGCAUGAGGAAUUCCGUUGGUGUACCCCAUGCACAUUUGUUAUCUCAUACGCAUUGCAAAAAAAAUAAUGAUAAUCCUAAAAAAAAGAAAAAAAACUAACGUAGCCUCUAGAAGCAAACCGGUUCUUUAUGAAGGUAGUGAAUGGGUGUUAACAGGACUGCCGUCAGUAGUGCAUUCUCUAUUCAACCUGUUACUUUUACAUCCUUAUCUAUGGUAGUUACUGCUCACGUCCUUUUGUCAUAUACAGACUGUGUUGUUUUUUGAAGGCUCCUCUUUUUUUACACUUUGAUGAGUACUUAUUUGUCCCUAUUUUUAUCCCCUAUCCAUCUACCUUUGUGGCUUUUUUUUAAGCAGACUAUAUAAAAAACAAAUUUUAUUUAUAUAUAUAUAUAUAUAUAUAUAUAUAUAUAUAUAUAAUGACUGCCUAUCAAAAGAAAUCACAUGUGCGCGUGCAUGUCUAAGGGCUAUAAAGCUUGUGUGUGCAUCUAGUGACUUUAUAGUGUGCAUGUGUGUGUAUUGGCUCUGUAGUGAGUAACGGUUUUGCGACCUCUGGCCAGCCACCUACAGCCAUGCUCUGAUUGACCAAAGUUUGGGAGACAGUUCUCAUUGUCUGCACCCGGCAGAGGUGCAGACCAGAUCAGAAGCUGGGAUCGCCCCCCAUCAAACUGGCCAAGCCAUUGGGUCACCUACUAGUGUCGGUCCCCUUGGUUCAUGGCUGAGUUCCCAAUUGGUUAGUCCACUGGGUGACUCUCCAAUUAGGUGAGUUAGGCAGUCAUGAGGCCCCAGUGAGCCUAAUUAGAGAGUCACCACUGUUACAGGAUGAGGAUGUGAGAGAUUGUUUUGUGUCCUCCCCAUAGCAGGGCCUAAGAAUUCUGCACUUACAGACAUUUGGCUAGACUGAUGAUGUUGCCUCCUUGCAAUCACCAUGAGCCAAGCUUGCAUUCAGGCAUAUAAUGGUCUUUGGUCUUCACUUUUAUCUGUGAACUACAAAGUCUAAGAUCAGUUCAGAGGCACCAGCAACCUCAGCCUCAAGAACCCCUGUAGGCCCAGUGGCUAUAGAAAAGUUUGUUUUCUACACAUUGAGGUAUUGAGUAUGUGUGUAUAUAUAUAUAUAUAUAUAUAUAUAUAUAUAUAUAUAUAUAAAUAUAUACAUGUAGUCAUGAUGCCGUUCUUUAAAGAGUAAUUUAGUCAACAAUGGUAUGAAGUUGUAUCUCCUUCUGGGAAACCCUUGUGGUGUGGCACGUGAGAGAUAAAUGUAUUUGGGGCAAUAUCUGAGAGACUUAGAAGCUGCUCUAAGCUGGUCUCUCUGGCUUCCUACCUGUCUGUAUGAUUUUGUCUUUCUGAAAUCUUAUACCUUUAUUGACUAUUGUAUAGAGGAUCGCAAGAAAGCAGAGAUAGGCCUUUCUACCACAUUGCACAAGAUCACUAGUGAUCUUGUGGUAUCAUCCCAAACCUCGACAAAGACAUUGUUCCACUGUUCUUGGACCACUAUCUAUAAAUCCAGAACUGCCUACACAGUAAAUAUUUCUCUCCAUAGUGUCUCUCUCUUUCUAAAACACAGAGAUUGUGUUUCCCUCUUUUUGCUUUCCACCCUACACCUGUACUUUUUUAGAUUCAUCCACGCAGUUGCACUCACCGUUACCCAUCUCUCUCCCCAGCAGGGAUUCUUUAGCUCCAUACUCACCUCCAUGACUCCUGAGCCACAGUUCUGGUGGAUGCAGGCUGACAGCUCUGACUGUUAAACAGUAUGAUACUAAAGCGGCAGCCAAGCCCUGCAGGGGAAAUCCCACAUUGUGAUUGCACAGAGGGAGGAUAGGACGAAUGGGCAAACUGAGAACAUAUUGGUACAAUGAGGGAAGACGAACUGCAGGGUGUGGUGUGAGCUGUGUUGUUUGUGUGUCGCUUGUGUGAACAAUCUGUGAAUAUAUAGCCUGAGUGAUAUUAACAAAUUGAAGAGCUAUAACAAUUUUUGCCAGACUAUCAGAAUAAAUGGGAAAUACAGUUUUUUGAUUGGAAAGUACAGUUGCCGGUUUAAAAAAUUCUAACAGGAGAACAACCAUAUCAACAGACACAACCACAUUAGUUCAGUUUCAAAGACACACUCAGGGCAUGUUAACAAAAUAAUCCAAUCAUUAGUGAUUUGUUUUAGUAGAGAACAAAUAGGAUAUCGGAAAUAAUCUUCGAUACUAUAGAAAGAAAGAACUAUCUACAUAUAUAAAUAUAUAGAAAUGCUUGCUGUGUGUAAUAGUUUAUGCAUAGACAGUUGGUUUGUGUGUGUUUUUUCUAUAUUACUUUAUCGUGUAUCUAAUUAUUUGUUUAUUUAUGUAUUUUCCUAGAAGCCCCCAGUGAGUCGUGGAGACCUCUUCCCCAAGUGAGUAAAGCAUAUUUAAUAUGAUCUGUUAAAGAGCUGGCGGGAAUACUUUGUGAACUGAAUGUACACUGAUCAGCCACAACAUUAAAACUACUGACAGGUGAAGUAAAUAACAAUGAUUAUAUUGUUACAAUGGCACCUGUCAAAGGAUGGGAUGUAUUAGGCAGUAAGUAAGCAGUCAGUUCUUAUUAUUUUAUUAUUUAUAUAGUGCCAGCAAAUUCCGUAGCGCUGUACAAUAGUACUUGAAUUUCAUUUGUUGGAAGUGGGGAAAAUGGGCAUGCGUAAAGAUCUGAGUGACUUGACAAGGGCCAAAUACUGAUGGCUAGGUGACUGGGUUAGAGCAUCUACAUUACGGCAAGUCUUGUGGAGUAUUCCUAGUAUGUAAUGGUUAGUACCUACCAAAAGUGGUGCAAGGAAGGACAACUGGUGUCAGGGUCAUGGGUGCCCAAGGCUCAUUGAGGCAUGUGAGGAGCCAAGGCUAGCCCAAUCACACAGAAGAGGUGCUCUAGCUCAAAUUGCUGAAAAACUUAAUGCUAGCCGUGAUAGAAAGGUGUGAGUACACAAGUGCAUCACAUUUUGCUUUGUAUGGGGGCUGCGUAGCUGCAGAUCGGCCAGAGUGCCAAAACAAUAUAUAUAUAUAAAUAUAUAUACACACAUUGUAGUAGCUUGCACUCCAAGAAGACUUUUGUAGUGCCCGGUGCUUGUUGUGGCAAAGGUAGAUAUGGGUGUAGAAACAAUCGCACUCCUGGGACUUGGUUGAAGUAGUAAAAUGUAGCUUUUAUUUAUUCCAUAUAAAAUAUCAAUGUUUUAUUUCUAUAUAUAUAUAGAUAUAGAUAUAUAUAUAUAUAUAUAUGAGAGAGAGAGAGAGAGAGAGAGAGAGAGAGAGAGAAAAAUGAAAAAAUGAGAGCACUCACUGGAUUUGACGCAAAUUCUUUGUAUUCAAAUAGUGAACAUACCAAAUCCAGUGAGUGCUCUCAUUUUUUCAUUGUUUCUAUAUAUAUAUAUAUAGAUAUAUACAGAGAAGCACCCUGGUGUGUUUUUUGUAAUUAUCAUUACAUAAUUUUUGGGCAGAGUGCCAGAAUUUGUAUAUAUAUAUAUAUAUAUAUAUAUAUAUAUAUAUAUAUAUAUAUAUAUGAUUGAUCAGUAUUGCUUCAGACCUAAGGAAGAGAGGAAAACUCUUGAAAGCUUGUCUUUGAAAUAUUAUGUUAGUCCAAUAAAAAAAGGUAUCAUUGCAUACUGCAAUACUCUGGUAUUUUGGCAUUUUAUAUAUAUAUAUAUAUACACACACACAAUUUGUAUUUGUGCAUACUUUGGACAUUCGGAGCUGCUCUCUCAUUUUUUUUAAACAUUUUUUAGAAUCAAUAAUCUUUAUUAUGUUUUUUCUUUUUAUAAAUAGACAUAAAUACAAAUAUACAAGACUAUGUAUUGUAGUAAUAUCUUACAUUGUCUGAUAAAAUUCUCGCAUAGAAAAAAACAAACAUUCAAUGCCAGGUCAUCAGUAAUGCCAGGUCAUCAGUAUCGCUACUCUAAUUCCCAUCUAUCCAUUAAAACAAAUAGCACACUGACCGCAGUCCACUCUUUCAAAUACUUGGCGAUGUUGUUAGACCCCAAUCUAUCUUUGGCCUCCACAUCUAAACUUUAUCCAAAACUAGGUGCCCUGUACAGAAACCAAUCCUGCCUAAGUCCUACAGUAAAGGAAAAGAUUGUACCGCAAAUGCUGAUGACAAUUAUUGAUUAUAGGGAUGUAGUAUAUGCACCUGCACUGCAAACCCACUCGUUCUGUCAAUUUGUGCUACAAUGUAAUUACAGGACCCACCACUGUGACAUGCUAAAAGAACUAAACUGUCUGUGUGACGGUACAAUCGUUUACUCCGUCAAGCAUUCCCUUCUUCCCAUAAAAUAAAAUCUCCAAGUAAUCCAUUGAGGAAUAAAUCGCUGGUAUCGCAAAAUAAUCCACACAUGAGCAAAAGCUUAAUGCUGCAACAAGACUGAUUUUUAAUGACACACACUCUGCUUUUAUGCAAUUCUCCUUUGCAAGAGAGACGCCCACAGACAAUUAUGAAUUACCCAAUCACACACUGGUUACAUCCCACACAUCUCCUCCCCUUAGCCUGAGAGGUAACCCAAUUAGCCGUACAGUUUAAAACAUACUUUUUACCCAACUUUCAUAACUCUAAAGCUAUACAUCCAAUAUUAAUAAAAGUCACAUAUUAUUAAUCAGCACAUUUCAAAUACCAACAUACCCAAAAAUCAUUCGAAUCCAUUCAGCCUUUCGGGAGAUAUAUAUAAGUCACCUCUGACCGACCGCAAGCACAUUUUCAUGCCCAAAAAGAGUUCCAUAGAGUUGGGCUGUGCAGUCGGUCAACUUCACACAGAAAAAUGUCUAAGUCCCAUUUGAAUGCACGAACGAGGGCGUUCGUGCAAAUAGCCCAUUCUAACAGUGUGUUUGAAUUGUCAAACGUACUUUGAUUCCAGCCGAAGCGUCGAAGUUCCUGAGAAGUUAAGGGUCAGCGGUGUUCGUGCAAAUGCGUAGCCGAUUUUAGUUCCAUAGAUUCAGUGGCACGCACCGCUGACCGCGUUCAACUAAAUUAAAAUGGCUGCCGCCACGUGUUCGGUUUUCGAAUGGCAAGCAGUCCUCUCCAGGUACAAGUGGCGAGGUUAAUUUCGCCACAGUCUGUCACUAGAAUCCAGACACACCCUUCAUCUUUCCAGCCUUGUGUUUAAGAGAUUUUCUGGGAAUCCUACCCUACCUGAGCAGAUUGCUCUACCCGGCUGUUCCUACCUCCUAUAACUUCCAAUCCUGUACCAGCACUUUAUUUAGUCUACCUCAAUACAAAAAGAAAGCAGCCCGAUCCUCCUUUUCCUACAGAGCACUACAAUUAUGGAACGACCUCCCGCACACUUUCUAGUCUUCCCCAGGCCUAAAAUCCUUUCAGAGAUCCCUCUCUACAUAUAUUGAAACAGAAUGCACCUGUCAUUAUAUAUUUCCUACCUGUUCUAUGGUAAAGUUUGUAUAUAUUGUGUAUUAAUAUUGUUUUUGUAUUUUAUUGUACCUUAUUGUAUCAAUGCAAUGUUUUGUGAACCCAGGACAUAUUUGAAAACAAGAGAAAUCUCAAUGUAUAAUUCCUGGUAAAAUAUUUUAUAAAUAAAUAAUUUAACAAAUUGAGAGGCACAAUACAAAUUUUAUAUGACUCUCAAUCCAGUCUAAUCUCACACUCUAUAAUCUAUUCCCCAAAAUAAAUGUAUCAAAACAAUAGGUUUAAUUAUAUUAACCCAGAAGGUUUGCAGUAGCUCACAAUGCCCACAUGUAUCUUCUAAUUUCUCCUUAGACUAAAAUAUAACAUCUGGAGAGGAAAUACGUUGUACACAGAUAAUACAAUACAAAUAUCUAUACACCCACUUGUUCCAACAUGAAAAUAUAUUUAAGUGUAACUGUCUCCACCAUAGAGCAAAUAAAACAGCUGCCCUGUAUAUAUCCGUUUUAAAGGACUGUUUCCACAUAACACCCAGGAGUCCACGCUGAAUAUACAAAAUGACCACAUAUAGCUUUGUCACUCUUUUUGAUCUCCUGGCCCAUUUCUGUAGGCUUCCUUACCAAGUGCCUAUUUUAAACCAAAGCUUUUAGAUCUAGAGCCCUGGUUAGGUCCAACAGUAACUGUCAUCUAGUGAGCACAGCAUACUUGUGCUUUUAGCAGUACUCUGGUAAUUCACAAAAGUUACAUUGUCCUAUGAAUUAUUUACCAUAAUUUGCUCUGGAAUUUUUCUAUCUAAAAUCUAAACAUAGUUCUUUUUUCCAUUGCUCUAGAAUUUAGGUUUUGUCCUCUGUGCACCAGGUUGUGUGUCAUUGGAAUUAGACCUCAGUCCCUACUAUUUUAUGACCGUGGCUGUUUAGCAGACAUGCCUCACAUGACAAAUGGGUUCAAUGGGUUGUAUGUGACCCCCAAAGGAUUUUUUGUUUGUUUGUUUCAUGACUACUACGAUCAAUCAUUAAAAGAGGCCAAUAAAUGUGAGUCCGAAGCACAUUCAUGAAAUUAUUUGUAUUUAUCGGGUUCGGCUGCUACACUAUUGCCCUGCAUUAAAUCUAGUUAAAAAUUUGAUAAAAAUAUCAGCCGAAACCAGUCAAUUUUCGACUGGAUUUUCUCGACAGAAUUUUAUUGUUACCGUAGUUUGCAAUAUGUGUGGUGUUUGUGUAUUUUGUACACAAUAUCAAAGCGCAUUUGUUAAAUUGAUUGUUUUAUAUUUCUCCAGGGGAACAAACCCAUUUGCAACUGUGAAGCUUCGCCCUACUGUGACCAACGAUCGUUCUGCACCAAUCAUUCGAUGAAGUCCUACAUACUGCCAGCCUUGUGAGGGCUGAAUCCCUACUAAUCACUAUUUUACUCAAGGUCCAAUCAGGAUCAACAUAGAAUAAUACAUCAAAAACCUAGUUAUUCCACAUGAGGUGUUUCCUGGCUGAAGAUGGAGUUUACUGUAAAUAAGUCCCUUCUUGAAGCUAAUUACAAUCCGAUGUUUGUAAAUAGUGUUCUCAUACCACUUCUCUACUGGUCAUUUCACUUUGAGAAUUGAAACAUGACAUCUUACUGAUUUGUUGGAAAUAAAGCCUUUGUAAAUACUUGAUUUGAAAACUGAUCAGAUUAAGACAGUAGAUGAAAGAGUUUUCAAAAUAAACCAGUUUGCACAAAAUUGAUAUGAAUACCAAUUGAUUCUCUAUAGUAGUAACUACGGCGAUGUUAUAUUGUGCAGAGAUUUUUUACCUGAUUUCAAAAAUAUGCGUGUCAUGGUACACACAAGAUGGAUUUAAAUGAAAGUUAAAAACAUUUCAUUUGUGCAUUGUGCUUGUAGAACUGCUAGUAAAAGUAUA